AUGAGCGAGGUUACCAAAGUCUCUAACUACACUUCCCGGCAUCCAUUGCGCGCACACAGUCGCAGAGCUCUGCCUGAGCUUGUUGUCCGCCUCGCCCAGCCGCUGGUGAUAAAGGUUCCUUCCCAUGCGCAGAGCGCUGUGUUUGUUUUUGUGAGGGUACAGCAGGCGGAGGAUCCGUGCACUGAUCCCGCGCUGGGCAUGGAGGAGGGGGAACCCCGGACUGGCUCCUCGGGGAGCUCCGGCUCCUUCUCCCGGGAAUUAGGCCGCGGCUUCGCAUACUACAAUAAGAACCUGGGCAGACUGCAUCAGAACCUUCGGGACACCAAGAGAUUCUUCAGGGACAUCAAGCACACUUACAGCGGGGUGCUCUGCGGACCGGACUGCGACCUCACUUGGGGAGGAGACCUAGGUAAGGGGACCAGGGAGAGGUGGGCUGGGGCAAGAGAAUGGCUGGGACUAUGGGCUAAACAUAUGAUGCACGACAGAACCAGGGGCUACAGUGUGAGAGCAGAAAGUUAUUAUUACAGUGUGAGAGCAGAAAGUUAUUAUUACAGUGUGAGAGCAGAAAGUUAUUAUUACAGUGUGAGAGCAGAAAGUUAUUAUUACAGUGUGAGAGCAGAAAGUUAUUAUUACAGUGUGUGAGAGCAGAAAGUUAUUAUUACAGUGUGUGAGAGCAGAAAGUUAUUACAGUGUGUGAGAGCAGAAAGUUAUUACAGUGUGUGAGAGCAGAAAGUUAUUACAGUGUGUGAGAGCAGACGGGUAUUACAGUGUGUGAGAGCAGACGGGUAUUACAGUGUGUGAGAGCAGACGGGUAUUACAGUGUGUGAGAGCAGACGGGUAUUACAGUGUGUGAGAGCAGACGGGUAUUACAGUGUGUGAGAGCAGACGGGUAUUACAGUGUGUGAGAGCAGACGGGUAUUACAGUGUGUGAGAGCAGACGGGUAUUACAGUGUGUGAGAGCAGGGUAUUACAGUGUGUGAGUACAGUGUGUGUAUUACAGUGUGUGAGCAGACAGGUGUAUUAGCAGUGUGUGAGAGCAGACGGGUAUUACAGUGUGUGAGAGCAGACGGGUAUUACAGUGUGUGAGAGCAGACGGGUAUUACAGUGUGUGAGAGCAGACGGGUAUUACAGUGUGUGAGAGCAGACGGGUAUUACAGUGUGUGAGAGCAGACGGGUAUUACAGUGUGUGAGAGCAGACGGGUAUUACAGUGUGUGAGAGCAGACGGGUAUUAAUACAGUGUGUGAGCAUAAAGGAAGGUAUUGGGAGCAACAGUGUGAGAGACUGGAAAGUUAAGAGCAAUAAUGUUUGAAUCGAUGGUUGCAGUGUUAAGGCUUGACUAUAGAGGGGAUAAGCCGUGUCUCUAAGAAAAAACUAAGGGGACAUUUACUGUGACAGGACAAUCCGCUUGCAGCAGAGCACACUGAGGAAGUUUAUGAUUAGUGUUACAUUUUUCAGAAAUCUGAGUUUCUGAAAAAUGUAUACUUGUGAUUUUAGGGUUGCAGCAAAGUUAGGCAUCUCUUUAGCAGCAGGAGAAAUAUUGAAAAAUCCAUUUGCAGUUUAAGUGUUAUGUCAGUUUUAAGUCUUUUUUUUUUUUUAUCAGAUAGAUUGCAUUUUGAAGAUAGAAAUGUUGCACAUUUGUUUGUGUGGCUGUUAUUGUGAAAUGAGUUACUGUAAAAGCUUGAGGAAUUCUGUAUUUGUAUUUAUUUUAUAACAAAAACGUAAUUUUAACCCGGCAGGUAAAAAGAACCUUAAAUUCUUAACCGUGUCCAGAGUCUUACAUUGCAGUUUAGAAAGUAGAAAUCCCUUCCAUAAUAGCCGCAUCCUCAAGAGAAAAAAAAAAAAGAAAGUAGCCAAACUGUAAUACGGGAUGAAAUAUCUGUUGUACCACAAAACAUGCUGUGCAUAAGACUAGGUGGAACAAAAUUAAAUCUCUGCAAAAAAAAGAACAUGCAUGUCAGUGUAGUGAUUUGGUGUGGGUUCUUGGAAUUGUAUAAAUGUAGGGUUAACUGUGUAGACAUGAACAUUUUAUGUAGAUGUUGGCAGCAGUUGAGGUCUUUCUAGAGUCUGGACUGAUGUGAUAAGACUGUGUAUUUGUGGUUUGUUGUCUGUGUAAACAUGGAAGCACUGCUAACAUAUCUGAUUAAGCAACAGUGGCUUUGUUGAUACUUUUUUUCUUCCCAUAUUUAAGUGUGAUCAGUUGCACACUAAAUUAUGUUUUUAUUUUAAAUCUGUGGUAUAGUCUCUAGAUAUAUGAUUGAUUUUAGCAGGGCCCCUUUCACCACUUGUUUGUGUGAAUUUUACUUUAAUUAUUAUUAUUAUUUUUUUUUUUUUUAAAUCUAAUUGUAAAGCAAUGCUGACCAUGUUGGCACUAUCUAAAUAAUAUUUGUGUUAAACUGCAUUAUCAUAUACAUGUUAUCUUAUACAUUGGCCUGGCAGGAGUAUAAUUAGCAAGAACCCAUAAAUGCGUUUGAGUGACAUGUUAGUUGCACUCAGUGACCGUAAUUUUGCUCUACAUCAAAAUGAGAAAUAUCUAACUAUCACCACCGCCUCUCUACUGUUUCUCUUUAAUGCUAUUCACUAAUUUUAGUUAAACGAUGGGCCUCCCCAAGCUGGUGCAUGUGAAGAACUUGGAUUAGGGGUUAAAAAUCUGUGGUAUUUGAGUUACACGUAGGCUGUAAAUCCUGUGCGUGUGAUGUUGGAUGUAAUAUGGUAGUUUUUGUUCAUUAGUAGUAAGUUUAAUAGGUCUGUAAUUGAAAGGUAGAAAUAGUUUCUUCUGGGUGUACUGUAAUACUUUAUUUUUAUUUUUUAUCCGCUAGACAUUAAAUAUAAGGGGUUUAGAAAUUUGCAAAAUUUAGGUCAAAAUCGAUUUCCUUUGCUUUGCUAUGGUAAAGAGAUUAGGUACUAUACUAUAUAAAGUUCAACCCAUGGAAUUGGUUACAGGAUUUGGAGUCCCCUGGCACUGUUCCUUUCUUCAGUGUUAAAGGGACACUAUAGUCACCAAAACAACUUUAGCUUAAUGAAACAGUUUUGGUGUAUAGAACAUGUCCCUGCAGUCUCACUGCUCAAUUUUCUGCCAUUUAGGAGUUAAAUGACUUUAUUUAUGAACCCUAGUCACAACUCCCUGCAUGUGACUGGCACAGCCUUACUAAACACUUCCUGUAAAGAGUCAUCUAAAGUUUAUCCUUUCUUUAUUGCAAGUUCUGUUUCAUUUAGAUUUUCUUAUCCCCUGCUAUGUUAAUAGCUUGCUAGACCCUGCAAAAGCCUCCUGUAUGUGAUUAAAGUUCAAUUUACAGAGCAAGAGAUAAAAUUGUUUAUGGCAAAUUACAUCUGAUUGAAAGUGAAACCAGUUUUUUUUUUUUUUUCAUUCAGGCUGUGUCAAUCAUAGCCAGGGGAGGUGAGGAAAGGGCUGCAUAAACAGAAACAAAGUGAUUUAACUCCUAAAUGGCAGUGAAUUGAGCAGUAACAUCUGAGAGGCAUGAUCUAUACACGAAAUCUGCUUCAUUAAGCUAAAGUUGUUUAGGUGACUAUAGUGUUCCUUUAAACCUUGUUUGAGCAGUUUAAAUGGAAACUAUAGUGCCAGGAAAACAAACUUGUUUUUGAUUGUGCACAUCCAGCUGUGGCUAGUCUAGUAGAUUUUCAAGUGCUGCCGUCUUAGAUACUUAAUGUUGGCAGCAGAUAGAGGACCAGGAAGCACUGGCUAUCUGUCAAAAACUGUAAGUGAAGCUGGUCCCUGGUCAAAACAAUGGUUCGGAGGAUAUCAUGGAGAAUUGAUUAACGGAUCCUUGGGCUCAUAGCCGAGGGAUUCAAAACGCGACAGGGCCAUUUUAAAACCAAAAAAAUUGUUUAACACUGAAUGGAGGAUGGGGCCAUGUGACUCCACACAUGGUAGCCAAUUCAAUGUAAUGAAGCAAUUACAGUGCCUCUAAUAUUUGAGAGUACAUGUGAUGUGGAUCAGCACUGAUUUUGAGCUAUCUUGUAACAUUGUAUGGUUGUGAUACAGACAAGCUCAUUAGACCUUUCAAAUCCAUAAACUAAUCUUCAUUCAGUAAACUGUAAUGGUGGAUAAUUUAAAACAAAAUUUCCAAUAUGGUAAAAUAGGAAAUGUGGGGAAUGUUUCCAGUUUAGCAACUUUGGCCUAAAAAAUUCAAUAAAUGUCACCAUGUGGACAAUUCAUGGUUUAGAGAGUUACCUAUGUCUGUUUCAUUUUGAUAAACUCAUUCAAGAAUAGGGCAGUGUAAAAGUGAAAAUCUGAUCUUUGCUAUACAGUCAUUAAAAUCCUGAGUGGUAUGCCAGUUUUAUAUUUUGAAUCAUUGAACAUUGAAUCUGGAGCUGGAAAGUUAAUAUAAGGUUUGCAAAUGUAAAUGCUUGGUUUGUUAUAUAUCAAAGGGAUAUUUUAGGCACCAUAACAACUUAAUCUAAAUUAAUUUAUGGUGUUAGGAGAACCCCAGGUGCACUCCCUCCAUCAGUGCCUAAAGUGGCACUGUCACUGUUUUGGGGACUUUGCCGAAUUCGCAAAGUCGACUGGGUUUGAAUUUCAGUGAAAUUUCAACAGUCCUAAUGAUUAUUUCAUACAGAUUCUAUCUUUAUGAAAUACUUAUUUUUUGGGGGAGUGGUGAUGUUACUGUACUGCUUUAAUCUGGUCUUGAGUGGUUUAACCCCAAAGCUGCAUCCAGUGUCGAUCCGAACUUCGCCCAGGUGGCUUCUGGAAUUUCAGUUUUAGGAAGUGUGGAGUGCUGCCAGACAGGGGUGCCGAUGAUUUACUAAGAGCGGUCAGCUGACGCUCUGUCAAUCUGUGACUCCCUAUUCACAAAGGUACAUUUCUUUUUCAAGCCAGGUCUGUGAAUGGGGCUGACUCUCAGCAAAUCAUGGGCACCCCUGCCUGGUGGCACUCUGCACCUCAUGAAACUGAUAUUUCUUAAGAUGUAUGACGCAUGGGGGAGGGAGGAGAGGGUGGGGGGAGUUGUGAUCGGCGCUGCAGGCAUCUUUGGCAUUAAUUUCUGUAGGGAAGAGUGUGUCUAGGGGCCUCCUGUCACCAUAGCAACCUAAUUUAGAUGAGGAUGUUAUGGUGCCCGGUGUACUACUUUAAUAAUACAUUGCAUUCAAAACCAGACUGCAAAAUUAAUACUAAAAUAGUCCAUCUGUGACUAUAGCUGUAUUUGUCGGCUGUAUUUGUUAUCAGUUUGUUGAGUGAAAAAACACUUGGUUUCACUUUUAUUGAAUUAUUAAAGACUGUAUAAUAUAUGUGUAGAGUAAAAACAACUGGUCUAGAAUGCUUAUAGUCCAAAGUUCAACUUGAGAUAAUCUUGUUGAUUUAUAUAACCCCUUACAAGAACAGAGGGCCUCGUUCACUAAAGGUUUAAUUUAAAUAUACUGCACAUUUUCAUAAUGAUUGACUCUCAUGGAUUUUUAUAUUCAGAAAGAGGAUUUGCUAAAAGUGAAAUUAAAAGUAUGUUGAGCUAGAUUUCUCAUAGGUUAGUGAUAUAUUAAAAAUUGAUAUGAUUUAUUUAAAGGGACACUCUCUAGGCCAGGCAUUGGCAACCUUUGGCACUCCAGAUGUUUUGGACUACACCUCCCAUGAUGCUUUGCCAGCAUUAUGGGGGAUGUAGUCCACAUCAUCUGGAGUGCUGAAGGUUGCCUAUCCCUGCUCUAGGCACGUCAGAUGUUGUGGACAACAUCUCUCCUGGUGAUUUGCCAGCAUUUAUGGCUAUUGCAGCAUUAUGGGAGAUGUAAUCCAAAUGGAGUGCAAAUGGUUGCCUAGCCCUCCUCUGGGCUGCAUAAUCACAUCAUCCUAAUCAAGUGACUAUAGUGAUUGAAUUCCCUACGUUCAGUGUUAAACAACUUUAAACAACAAUCUUUAAUGCAAAAUAUAGGUAUUUGGCAAUUUCAAAAGCGGAGACUACACAUCACACUACCACUUUAGCCAUACCACUUCAUACCAGCAAUGGGAGGUUGUGAUAGCGUAAGUGGGGCCCAUCAUUGCUUGAGCUACUGUGGCAGCAUUAGCCUAAGAAACAGAGGGGCUGGACUGCAGGCAGCCAGGAACCCUCAUACACUGUACAGAGGAAUGGAGCAAGGGAAGUCGAAGCACCAUAACCUCUCCAUGAAGUCAAGCUGUUAGUGUCCUUUGUAGAUGCCAUUCAAACACUAUAUCAAGUAUUCAGUACAGCAGUGCAAGCCUAUCAUAAUAUAAUGAAAACAAUUACACACUUUGGAUUUGGUGAGCAGGUGGAAAUGGAAAAUUAAAAAUAAUUAUGAACUGUAUACGAAUUGGUAAAAUCUCUUAUAACAAAUCUAUACAAUGUGAUGUCUGACGUGAACCUGUCCUUCACACAUGUGGAUAACAAGUUCACAUCUAGUUCGGUAAAUAUUACAUCGAUAUUGUACUGGUGAAAUCUCCAGCAAAUGGUAUUGGUUAAAUUAAUUUCUGAACUGGAUUUUGCUUUCUUAGGAACCCUCUGCACUGCAAAAAAAAAGAAACAAAUCACAGUUUAGUAGAUAUACCCUCAGUACAUGCAUUGUAUUCAUGAAGGAAAUGCAGCCUGUGUAAGCCCACCCCAUUUCACCCCCAAAUAUUUUCAGUCUCUUAAUGCAGGAAAUAACCUGAUUUUAGAAGCCUCUGACUCAGUCUGCUCAUAUGCAUCUGCUUUUGUGUGCAUGCACCUGGUCUGUGAGCAGCAUGGAGGAGGCGGCAGGUGCACUCAAGGGAGCUAACGGAAGGGAGCAAACCUCCCUGGCUGUUCCAUAGUUUAACUAUUAAAGUGCUGAUUUUUCACAUAAAAAUUUGCCAUUUUAUAAAUUGGAAACAAAAUGGGAUACUCCUCACUCAUAAAGCACUUCAGCUUGCUGUUGAGUGGUAAUUUAACACCUGCUUUCUGAACCUGUGGUGCAUGUGCCAAGUGCUGGCUGGACACCUAAAGGCCCCCCUACCUUGCCUUGCUAAGGCAAGGUAGGCACAUGCUUACCUGGACGGCAGGUGCCUACUCUGGCCAAACCGUGUCUGGCUGGAGGCUGUAGCCAGGUAGCAAUGGAGUUGUAAUCUCUGCACUAUACCAGUACUGCUCAGUCAAACACCCUAUGGUGAAAUUCGAAAUUCACUUUGAAUUCUCACUUUAGUGAAUAACCCUGUUAGUAUGGACGCUUAGAUAAGAGUCCCAGCAUACACUCAACCUGCCUCCAUAUGAGCCAAACUACAUUUGAAAUAAAAUUAUUGCCAUAUCAACCAAUUGUGUAUAAAUCCCCAUUAAAAAGGAAAAAAGUUUGUAUCCUUUUAAGAAAUAUUUGUAACUGCUCAGGAGAAUCCCUUUCUGGAUUUUUAAUUGUAUACAAAAGAAACAUCAACUUAAUUUGCAUUGAACUCUCUUAAUUAACAGAACAGCUCAGUGCUACUCAAACUUUCUUGCUCUAUGGUGCUCAGACCCAGUAUGUGGCAGAAAAAAACUUUUUUAAACUUGCCUUGUCAACUCAAACAUGAGGGACUACUUUGUCGUAAGUAUUUUUUUACUAUAUUUGGCAAAGCCUUAAGCUCCACCCUUUUGUCACAUUUUUCUGGCGUAAGAAAAAUUUAUAAGACCAAAGUAGUCCCAACUUUGUCUUCUGUUUGAAAGAGAAUGAGAUCAGAAAUAAAGAAAAUAACAGAUUCUGAAAGAGGAAACAAUGGGAGACAGAUAAGUUUGCAGUGAGAGCCACUUUAAGACUACUGUAUGGUGACAAACUACCAGAGUCUCUAUGCCAAAUAUACACUUCCGCAGUCUUCACUAUACUCGUACCUACAGCUGAAGUCCUACCUGUCCAAGGUGUACAGACAACACCCAGACUUAACUCACACAGUGACACUUACUAAAUGGGAACAAAUGUGUAUUAAUGAAAAACUCUCACUGCUUUGUAAACCGAUCUCCAUUGCCAUAACCCAAUAUCCGAACAUAACAAUAAGCAAUACAAUCGGAAGCAGACCUCCAUUGCAUGAUGACACCUAAAAAGUAGGAUACCAUAAUAUCCAACCCACUUUAAUUACUACGAUCAUCCUCCCACAUUGAACAACAUCGAAAAAUCCUUUACAGGUGGUACUUGGUGCCGACCAGAUUACAUAAAAUCUUCCCUUCCACCCCUCCAGAUUCUUGGAGCUGUCACGAAACAGAGGGCUCGAUACACCAUAUUCUGUGGAGCUGUCCACAGCUGAACCACUACUGGACUGAAGUCCACAAGCUAAUCCGGUUCCCUCCCCUUUACCCCAAGAAUAUGUCUGUUGUUGGGUCUCCCCCCAGGACAUAAGAAAAUGUACCUUACACAUUGACUUGACAGCACAGCAGCUAUUAGCAAGGAAGUGGAAGUCUCCUGUACCCCUCAAGAUAGAGGAACUACUUGGGGAAUUGCACAAGCAAUAUGCGAGACUUCAUAUAAGACCCUCUUCCCUCCUUCCACACUCUACGGGAAAACAUGGGAGCUCUGGCACACAUGGAGAUCUGGUAACUUAACAUGUCUCUAUUUUCACGAAUGCUCUCGGGUUCCAAACUCGAACCUAACUAUAUAAAAGCUAUCGUGGUACCAAGCAGAGGUCGAAACUUCACUACCCUACUGCUUUGUAUAAAAUGCACACUGCUGUUCAAUUAUACAUGUAUUGAUUUGUACCAAACAUGCAUCAGUACCCACUCCCUAUCGGUUUGAACCAAAAAAAGACUACUGUAAGGGGUGCUGCGUUCAUAGCAUGGCAACACAUUCUCCAAAAACAUUCUUCACCACUUAUUUCCAGGGGCUGAUCACCCCACAGCUGAACACCCCACAGCUGUGUUAAAAGUAUUGUCACUAAACAUUGUGUGCUGUACAACACUGGCCACUAUUUACAAUUGCUCAAAAUAAUGACCAUUUGUUGUACACAUUGCAUCUGACUGUCUCGACCACCAUUAGCCCUGUUUUAUUGCUGUGACUAUUAUAGGCCAUAGAUUGGUUUUAUGGAAUUUUUUUUAAAAUUAAAUGUGUAAAACAAAAAAUAAAAUAUUUAGUGCUGAUAGUGGUGUAUACCUCUCUCAGGCUCAGUAGAUGUUUAGGUAAGUUUUAUACACAUAACAUGCCAGGUCUGAUAAUCUUCAGAGCAGGCAAGUUUUAGUAGCACUAGGCUGCUCGAACAAUGAAAGUAUAAGGUGUUUUGUAUACAAUUUCUACAGAGUAUUCCAUUUUUGUAUAUAUCUCUAACUCUUUCUUUAAAUCGAUCCGUGGACUUUGGAAAUGUUGUUUCUUAAAUGGAUGCACAUUUUAAUUUUUUUACAUUUUAUUUUCAUGGAGUCUGUACUCUCUUCUGGUAAAAUGACUGUGAGCUAAUCGAAUCAAAGCUAUACUCUGUCUGAAUUCACCUGGAGGUUGGGCAACAGCUCUGAGUCAAAGUUUGCAGGCUUCUGCAUUGUCUGGUUUAGUCCAUAGGUUAGCAAUGUACCGAAUAACGUGUUGUUUUUUUUUUUGUGUGUGUUUUUUUUCUGCCUUCAUUCUCUCGCCAAGUCAGUGACCAUUGCCCUUUAGACAAGAAAAUGGUUGUUAAUUUAUAACAUUGUUUUGUGGAGAAUUUUCUGUAUCCUCCACUUUUUGUGUCUGAAUGUACAAAAUAGCACAACAUGCAGGGGUGUAUGUGUAUUAUUUAUUCCCCCUCCCCCUCUUGUGGAUAGUACCAAGAGUAUGAUAGCCUAAAGUUGAGAAAUGACUUGUAACAUACGCCUUUUAUCUAUCAAUGGCUAACCUUGACAUCUUGUUUUGGUUGACUGUUAUUGUAAAUGCAUUAAACAAACACAUGCAGUGUGAGAGAAAUACUGAAGAGGUUAAAGGUACAGCAAAUUUAUGAUAAAAUGUGUGUGUGUAUGUGUAUAUGUAUGUAUAUAUGUAUGUGUGUGUGUAUAUAUAUAUAUAUAUAUAUAUAUAUCUAUCUAUCUCUAUCUCUAUCUAUCUAUCUCAUCCAGUGGUACCCUGCACACACACUUUAAAGUAUCAGAAAAUGCCGGGUGCAAAAAAAACCAUAGCCAAAAAUUACAAAAAAUAUAUAGGAAAUAAGGCUUGCACUCACGGUCUGUAGUAAUGAUAAAAUAUUUCUUCUUUAUUGGAAUAUUCUUAAAACAUAUCUGUUAUCAUCAAAUCAUUUGUAUUGAACUGAUCCUGAUGAAAGCCACGAACGAUGGCUGAAACGUUGAUGAUAACAGAUAUGUUUUAAGAAUAUUCCAAUAAAGAAGAAAUAUUUUAUCAUUACUACAGACCGUGAGUGCAAGCCUUAUUUCCUAUAUUUUUUAUAUAUAUAUAUAUAUACACAUACAUACAUACAUACAUACAUACAUACAUACAUACAUACAUACAUACAUACAUACAUACAUUUUUAGUUCUACCAUACCCCUUUCUCUGUUUUUGCAUUGGCGCCUUACAAAAUGCCGUAUAUAUAUAAUGUCAUAUAUUGGCCAUAACUGGAUUGGUAAUACAAAAACAAGAGGAAAGAAACCCUGUCCUGAAUGGAGAUAGUUAAAACCAUAACUUUUAAUCACAAAAAAAAUCAGUAAAUAGUGUGUAAUGUAAAAACUUACUCUCAGAAAGCCCAUAUACAUAUAAAGGGAUUAUAGAGAGAUAGUAUGUGGAGUUAAAAAAAGUAUUAAAUUGGUUGACAUUGAUAGAAAUGUCACUGCAGACAGACAGAAUGAAAAUGUCGGUGUCUAGCUCUAAGUAUAGAGGUGUAAUUACUGCUAGAUGUGGCUGGAUAAAUCACUCGAAAAUGUAGCAGGGGAAAAAAAAGGUUCAAAUGAUGCAAUAUACAAUGACUGUAGCAACUUGUCUGUAACAAGUCCAGCACUGAUUGAAGUAGCAUGCACUACAGUGCUAGUCAUGAUAGAGCUAGACAGGAUAGAUUAUGUCAGUCUGACCGCUUGCUCCAAACCUUGCCUGAACUGUAGGCAAAGCUAGAGAAUCUAUUACUGCUACUUAGCGUUCAAGGAUUGAUUAGCAAAAUAAUUGGUAAUACAAUUGCUCUAAAAAUCUCAAAAUAUAUAAUCGAUCUCUAUCCUGUGAGCGUAAAGGUGGAAUAGUGGUUGAUGGGAGAUACAUCAGACCUGAUUUGCUAAACAGCAACCAGAGGAUUUUUCAGUUAAAUGCCCCAGGGAGAGAUGUUAAAGUUUGCAAUAUGCAUAGCUGAUGCUCUGCAAAACAUGGUAUGGGUCCCUGGGGCGGAGUAUUUGGAGAGCAGGGUGGGCCAAUGCUCCAACAGCACUAGUUGCUGUAUAACAGACCACAGUUUGGAUCUGAUUUUAAGAGUUAACUAAUUGGCACUCACCUGUAGCUACUCAAUUAGUAGACAGGCCUUUAAAAGAAGAGAGCAGCCUGCUGCAGAGUGAGGGAGAAAAAGACAGCUAGGAGAGAUUGUGUUUAUUGCAAAGACAUUGCUUUUGUUUGGAAAAUUGGUAAGUGGGAAAGCCACCCAAUUGCAGAUAGCAAUUACUGUCUAGUAAGAGCUCAAGUAAGAGCAAGGGAUUUUGUUUGUUUUUGUUAUUAUUUAAAGUACCUGCUUUCUUACUGAAUAAAAAGGAAAACUGAGCUGAAGGUGUCCUGGACUUUGUAUACCCUAGAAGGCUGUGGUUACUGCAAGAUCGGUGACAAUCCUACCUGUAAAAGAGGUGGUUUGUUACAAUCCGUAUUUGUCCAGUAGACAAGAUGCCAAAAUACCAGAGUAUUGCAGUAUGCAAUAUCCUGGUAUUUUGGCAUUUUUUUUUAUAAUGUAUAUUGGUUUAGGGAAGAGGGGGAAAUAAAUAAAAAUCCCACCCGCCCACCCCCCGGUGUCCUGCAGCAAACCUAUGAUUUAAAAAAUAACAUGCAAAGUUAAGAGGUAUUAUCUCUUUUUUAUAUAUAUAUUUUACUGUUCUCUGAAUUGACUAUAUUUGUGGAUUUUUUUUUAUUGUUUAACCCCUUAAGGACCAAACUUCUGGAAUAAAAGGGAAUCAUGACAUGUCACACAUGUCAUCUGUCCUUAAGGGGUUAAAAGCCUGACUGUAUAAUCUUUUAUACUCGGAAACCAACCACUAUUUAGAUGAGAUCCCUCUUUUUUUAACUUUGCAUGUUUUGUUUGAGAUCAGAGGUUUGCUGCAGGACACUCUUCGCUAAACUACUCGGGUUCAUUGAAAUCUAUUAGGUGUUCCCUUGCAUGAAUGCCACUGGGACUGUAAAACUCCCGAUUACUUUCCCAAUGUGGUCCUGCAUUAAAUUAAAGGUCACCUUAUAUUUUUAGGAUCACAACUACUGAAGUAGUUUGCUGAAAUGUCAGCUGCAAACUAUCUGUAAGUUUUGCAUUUUUAAAUGUUCAAUUUUCUUAGAUUUUGAUACAUGCUUCAUGUGUUGAAAUUAUUGCAAACACCUAGGAUAAAUAUACUUUAAGACUGUGAGUUAAUUGAAAUGAAACAAUCCCUGGAUUUAUUAGGCGGCUAUUUCAGUUUUGAAGCUAAUUUCGAGAUGAAUUAUUUUUUUAUGUUUUCUUCUUGCUCAAUUACAUUGCCAUAGAAUUACAAAGCUCUAAUCUCCAAGCUUAACAUGUUAUUGAGAGUAAAAAGCAACUGUGAUGGAUGUUAACAUGGGUGUGUACAUUGUUGGAGCUGCUUAAAUUAUUUAUUUUUCCUCUUAAUAGGCACAUUGUUAAAAAUCCAGCUUUCAUCAGUUUAAGUGAUGCACAAAGUAGGUUAAAGUUAUUGUCUCGGAGUGCAAGGUUGGUUUGAAUUUCAAGUUUUUGGGUGAGCAGAGCACUGGGCGAAGUAGACUGUUAUGCUUCAAAGAACAUGUUUUACAAAUCUGUCUGCUUGAUUAUGUUCGUAUAGUUGAGUGAGAAAACAAAGUUUGAAACAAAACCUCCCUAAAAAACAUACAAAGUAGUUCUGUAUUACAGGCUAGGUUACAUGCAUAUUAACUAUUUCAGAAAUACAUAUUUAUUGCUGAAUUAAGACUCUGUACUUUUCCUGGGAUAGUUUAUGGUAUAGGGAUGCUAACCUGUAAAUACUUAACUUUUCCUUUUAUUAUUUUAAGAAUUACUCCAACCCUUUCCAAGGUUUGCAUUUUUAGGCUUAUAAUGCCCCCCAAAAUGAAAUAUAUAAAUUAAAGCUGUAAUGCCAUGCUGGUUGAAGGGCACUGAUCUCACUCCACCAUCUGAUGUCAGCAGGGAGCCUUUUGCUGUCCAUCCACAGAAUUAUCACAGAGCCUACGAUUGGACCGUUUUUCUGGCUCAGAGUGCAUACAUGCUGCCAAAGGAGGGGGGUUGAAAUUCCCAAUCAAUAUUUAUUUGUACCUCGUUCCCAGUACUGUUCCCCCAAACAAUUGACGUAUCCUCUCUUUUUAGUGGCCAUAGCCGCUCACAGACUGUACCUAUAUCAUAUUAGCCUUCUUUAUUCUGGCUAUUUCCUCCCUCAAACCAUAUUCAUCCCCACUCAUUGACAUCUUGUCAUUUUGUUCAUAGUCUUCCUUUAACAGGUUUUCCAAGUUCACUGACUGUUUGUAUAUCUUUUUAAUAGAAGCCAUUUACAUCCAGUAGUGCUUAAAGGAACACUAUAGUGUCAGGAAUACAAACGUUUUACUGACACCAUAGGUGUGAAAACACUGUUUAGGCGUCUAGCCCCUCUUGCCCUCCUGCGAAAAAUAUAGAUUACUUGCCUAUUUCUAGCAUCGGAUGGCGUCUGAGUGACUGCCACUAGAGAUGUUCCUAGGCAAUAAUGUAAGCACUGUUUACAUUAAAAUACCUGCAGGUACAUACAUGCACACCAGAACCACUACCUAACUUGUAGUUGUUCUGGUGACUUUAGUAAUCCUUUAACCCCUUAAGGACCAAACUUCAGGAAUAAAAGGGAAUCAUGACAUCACACAUGUCAUGUGUCCUUAAGGGGUUAAAGAUAGUGCAAAUAAUGUUAUGGGAACAUUUUGAAUUUGUAAAAUGACACAAAGCAUUCAAAUAUAGCCUGUUGCACAAAUCCUAAAGCCAUAAUUCUUUCAACGGAAUGUUCUGUUUACACUUUUGUCUAAGGAACAGUCAGUUCAGGGAUAUUUUUUUUUUUUUAUGCCUAGCUAUAUAUUUUCAGAGAAACUUCAACUUCCAAUCCAGAACCAGCAUCCUGUUGAUGAGACCAUGAGGUCAAAAAUGCAGUCCAUGGCUGGUUUCUGGCCACUGAUCCUUUUGGAUCAUAACCCAAUAAACCAAAAAAGCACACACAAAAAACCUGUGUUUAAAACCACAUCCAUUGCUAAAGGUACCUGCAAAAAUGCAGUAUGAAACCUGAAACAACAUGCCUGACAGUACUCAUUUGCAUGUAAAUGGGGGACCUCUAAAAUAGUUGUGGAAACAUGAAGGUGAUGCAUAACACAUAUAUCUCUUUAUAUCCCCUGCCCUUCAAAUUACACAGGAAUCAAAAUACAGUUUAAAAAUAUUUCAAAUUGACACUAUAGGCACCCAGACCACUUUUGCUCAAUAAAAUGAUCUGGGUGCAGUAUCCCUUUUGCACUUGGUGCUGCAAUGUUUACAUUACAGCACCAAGUCUGCCUCCAGCCACUGGAUGCGCUUCCUGCACCCAAACGGACCUUUGGUCUGGUAUCUGACGCUGGACGUUCUCACGUUUUGCAUGAAAACCUCUAGUGUCAAAUUUUUCCCCUUUAGAAAAGCAUUAAUUCAAUGCUUUCCUAUGGGGCGGCGCGCGUGUGUGUUAGUGCCUGCUUGUCGGAUCUUGGAGUGGGCGGAGCGUUGACCUUGCACCAACGGACAUCAGCGCUGGGAUAAGGUAAGUAAAUGGUUUUUAACCCUGUAUUUACCGUGGUGGGGUAAUGCGCGAGGGAGGUGGGAGGAAGGAUUAGCGAUGGUGCCAUGAAUACAGCUUUGUAUUCCUUGCACUGUAGUAUCCCUUUAAUUUCUCUUUACUUCUGAUUAACUGCUGUUGUGUUGGUCAUCGUAAAUAAAGCAAUCUUCCAGCUGCAUGGAGGCACUACAGAUUGACAUAUUUUUAGCUAGUGCCACCCCACUUGUAUACAUAUUCAGUGGGAUACAAAGAUUAUCCUGGCUGGCUCCUUCAGCUUUUAAUGUUCGCACCUGCCUAAUAAUUUAAAGGCAUAUUAGGAGGAGGUUGAAAAAUCAGAUGCUUUCUUCUGAGUCUAUGCCUGUCACUGUAAUAACUAAAAUGAAAAAUAAAAAAAAUCUGUUAUGCUAUGCAUCAUCCUGGACACAAUUUUGGUAGUUUGUGACUUCUGUGUGGUCAUUGGACUACUGCUUAUUUCAACCACCAAGAGACUUUAAAAAAAAUGGUGUUAAAGAAUACAGCUCAGCAUAUUGCCUACUGAAAACAAUUGUAUUUAUGUGAUUGCAUAGUUUUACUUUUGAUUACAAACUUGGCAUUUCAUUGAGCAAUCCAUAAAAGCUCAGUUUUUGAUUCUUUACAAUCGAGAGUUGUCAGAUUCUAUUUCAAGGGUCAUUAACAAGCUUGUUUUGUCACAGACAUUAUAAGCUCUCCAAAACAAUUACAGUUAAAGGGGCAGUAAUGCCUGAUAACACGUUUUAAAACAUUUCUAUUAAUCGCCUAAGGAUUGAGCCAAAUGUAUCGUAACAAAACGUAAACCAAAAACUUGAAUUUGCACUAUAUAUGUCUGUUCAGGCAUAAUUCGCCUCUUUCAUAUUAUGUGCAUCCACACUUAUUAUAUAUCAUUUUAUUCAGGGUACAUAGGGCUUUUAUUUAACAUUGAAUAUUUAGGUAUGAGAAUUACCCCCAUGAUGGCAUACCAUUUGCAAAAGUAGACAGCCCAAGGUAACGCAAAUGGGGUAUGUCCAGUCUUUUUUAGUAGCUACCGUAUUUUUCGCUCCAUAAGACGCACUUUUUCCCCCCUCAAAAGUGAGAGGAAAUGUCUGUGCGUCUUAUGGAGCGAAUGUGAAGAAUUACUUACCUGUCUUGGAGCGUGGGCCGGCUUCACAGCGCGCUCCGCGGUCCAGGAACUUCUAUUUCAGGUUCCGGUUUCCGGCGGGACUGAAAGGAAGUGUGCACACGAGUGUGCACACUUCCUUUCAGUCCCGCCGGAAACCGGAACCUGAAAUAGAAGUUCCUGGACCGCGGAGCGCGCUGUGAAGCCGGCCCACGCUCCAAGACAGGUAAGUAAUUAUGGGACAAGGGGAGGGGGAGACACUAUGGGACAAGGGGAGGGGAGGAGACACUAUGGGACACUAUGGGAAAGGGGAGGGGGACACUAUGGGAGAAAGGGAGGGGAGGAGACACUAUGGGACAAGGGGAGGGGGACACUAUGGGAGAAAGGGAGGGGAGACACUAUGGGACAAGGGGAGGGGGAGACACUAUGGGACAAGGGGAGGAGACACUAUGGGACAAGGGGAGGGGGGAGACACUAUGGGACAAGGGAGGGAGGGACACUAUGGGACACUAUGGGACAAGGGAGGGGGAGACACUAUGGGACAAGGGAGAGAGGGGAGACACUAUGGGACAAGGGGAGGGGGACACACUAUGGGACAAGGGGAGGGGGAGACACUAUGGGACAAGGGCAGGGGGGGACACUAUGGGAGGGAAAGUGCACUAUGGGACAAUGGGAGGGGGGGACACUAUGGGAUCAGAACACUAAUGGACAAGGGGAGGAGGGGUUAAAGAACACUAUGGGACAGGGUAGGAGGGGUUAACAAUCACUAUGGGACAGGGUAGGAGGGGUUAACAAUCACUAUGGGACAGAGGAAAGGGGGGUUAAAGAUCAUUAUGGGACAGGGGAGAAAAAAAAAUAUUCUGAACAAACUGUCCCAUGGUAAGAAACACUAUGGAACAGUUUGUUCAGAAUAUUUUUUUUUCUGGGUUUCCUCCUCUAAAAACUAGGUGCGUCUUAUGGUGAGGUGCGUCUUAUGGAGCGAAAAAUACGGUACUUGGUCAAAUGGUAUGCUAUCAUGCGGGUAAUUCUUAUUCAUAUGGUCUGAAAGGCGGCGUAACCAAUCUGGCGAAUUUCAAUGUGAAAAAACUGAACCGCAAGCCUUAUAUUUGACUCUGUAACUUUUGAAAACACCAUAAAACCUGUACAUGAGGGGUACUGUUUUACUCGGAAGAUGUCAAUGAACACAAAUAUUAGUGUUUCAAAACCGUAAAAUGUAUUACAACGAUGAUAUCGUCAGUGAAAGUGAAAUUUUUUGCCAUUUUUCACACACACAAAUGGCACUUACACGGACGAUAUAAUUGUUGUGAUACGUUUUACUGUUUUGAAACACUAAUAUUUGUGUUCAGCGACAUCUUCCAAAUAAAACGGUUACCCACCCCCCCAUCCAUGUACAGGUUUUAUGGUGUCUUGGGAAGUUACAGGGUUAAAUAUAGUGCUAGCAAAUUAAAUUUCCUGGACUUUUGGCCUGGGUUGUCAGGCAGGUCCCACAAAUUGUAAUUAAUAAAAUGACAUAAUUAUGUAAAAUUAUUACAUAAAUAUAUACGUAGAAUUAAAAUAUAUAUAUACAUACAUACAUACAUACAUGUGGCAGGGUAAAGGGGGGUGGGCCAGUGACUUGAAUUGCAUCACUGGUGUGCACAAAGGGAGCGGGCCUUCCCAGAAUGCAAGAGUGCAAUACUGAUGUCUGUACAAGCUCCCCAAGAUCGCAGGAGCCUUUAUAAACGUUUGGGGGGAGGAUGACUGACCUACUUUAAGAAAGUAUCAUGAUUUGACUUCUGGUAUGUUUAGAAGUCACUGCAAUUCUGGAAAGUCUUGGAAUUGGUAGCAAAUUUAAGAAUUUCAAAUGCGUAUCUUUCAGAUAUGCUACCUAAUGUAGCUCUUAAAUGACAUUUCUACGGUUUAAAACUACAAAUUAACAGGUUAUGUGUAGGCUGGUUACAUGUAAACUCUAUGUUUAGGGACAAGUAAUAGCCAAAUAAUGUUCAUGUACCGUCCAAGUUGUUCUUUAAAGUUUUGUUUCCUUAUUGCUUUCAAAGUUUUUGUUUGCAAAUUGUUCUGUAGGUACUUCUGGCAGUUACAGGAAGCCUUUUUUCCUAUUUCUAACCAUAAACUCAGAAAUACAAUAAAGGUAUCCUACAUGUAUACUAAAGUAGCCCUAACUCUCGUGUUUUUUUAUUUUAUUUUUUAAAUGUGUAUAUGCUGAUGCCUUCUGUUCAGUGUGUUGGCCAACCUGAAAGGUUAGGUUCUACUGUUGAAACCAGUUAAUACAGGAUACUCUGACUUUUCCCUACGUGGAGUUAUCUCCCCUCAUUGUGAGGAACUUAGGAGUUUGCUCUGAAAUUCUUUAAGUGGGUGAGGAAGCAGGCUGUGAGCAGUGUUAUCCAAUUAUCAUGCAAUGCUAUAUUUGUAAAAAGUCAUUUUACUUUCCCAGUGUCACUAUUACACUUUAAACAACGUGCUGGUUGUGAAACUAUAACAUAGUGGCACUAGCAAUUAAAGUCUGUUUAUGCUUUGUGCUUGCCAAAUUGAUGGCAAAUACAUAGAUUUUACUACUUUAAUAUAAAUUCUAUUUUUGUCAAAAAUAAAGAAAAAGUAAAAAAAAAAAAAAAAAGUAGUUUUUUUUUAACCCUUGCAGUUCUGGUCACCGCUUUUAACACUGUGAUCAGCUUGUUUAGGGAUUUUAGUACAUUUGUACUAUUAUUAUUAUUAUUAUUAUUAUUAUUUUGUAUUUUUUAUUUUUAUUUUUUUUUUACCCUUUGUCAGCCGCAGCAACAUAAAUCUCCCUUAACCCUUUCCCUUCUGCCAUGAUUACUGUACUGUACAGUAUUGCUACUGUACAGUAUUGUACCAGUGAUCACUGUGAUCAGAGGGCUCUCUGAUCAGGCUGACUCUUUUGGGGGGUUAUUUUUAUUAAAUUUUUUUUUAACCCUUUCAGUACUGGUCGCAGCAGCCUAAACAGCGAUCAGUACAUUUAUUUUAUUUUUUGUGGGUUUUUGAGGGUGGGUAGUAGGGUGUUAGGCAGGUAGGAAUUUUGUAAUUUCCCCCUUAGAUUUUUUUUUUUGAUUGAUUUUGCGUAGUCCCCCCUAGAAUGGCACGUCGCUACUCGGCCGAGGAGGCGUACGCCAUUCUGGCAGGCAGUGAUAGUGACACUCUGCAAGACAGUGACCCUAUCACUGCCUCUGACAUUGAGGCUAUGACUGACUCCUCUAGUGAUGGUGCCCCACCACCACCAACAAGAGGACGCUCAGCAAGCCCAAUGCCAGAUGGAGACUGGGUUCCCCCAAACCUGACCGCCCCAGAUAUUCUCCCAUUUACGGCGACUCCUGGCAUCACUGUUAUGGUGGAUGCUUGGGAGGCCCUAAAAUAUUUUGAUUUGUUCAUGUCAGAGGAAGUAUUUCAGUUAUUGGUUGAGCAAACCAAUUUAUUUGCCUACCAAUAUCUGACUGCGAAUCCGGGGUCACAUUACAAUCGGCGUAAUAUGUGGCACCCCACGGAUCUCGCAGAAAUGUGGAAAUUUUGGGCCCUUACUCUAGUUAUGGGCAUUGUCAAAAAGCAGAGUAUCAUGUCCUACUGGUACAAGCACCCCAUCCUGGCUACCCCUCUUUCCCCUGGGGUUAUGAAGAGGGAUCGCUAUGAGCAGCUGCUGCGUAUCCUCCACUUCAACGAUAACACACUGUGCCCCCCAAGAAACGACCCAUUGUUUGACAGGCCGUACAAAAUUCAGCCCCUAAUUGAACUCCUUUCAGACAAAUUCUCCCAAAAUUAUGUCCCUGAUGAAAAUAUUUGUAUAGAUGAGUCCUUAAUGAAGUUUAAGGGUAGAUUACUUUUUAAGCAGUAUAUUCCUUCUAAAUGAUCCCGAUAUGGUGUUAAUUUCUCCAAAUUUUGUGAAUCCAAAUCUGGAUAUACAUGGGCGUUUCAUAUUUAUCAGGGGAAGGAUAGCCAUUUUGACCCACCAGGAUGCCCUGAUUCUGUGGGUACAUGUGGCAAGAUUGUAUGGGACCUAAUCCUUCCCUUGUUAAAUAAGGGAUACAUCCUAUGGGUUGACAACUAUUACACAAGCAUAGAGUUAUUUAAAACUCUAUUUUGCUUUGAGACCGUAGCCUGUGGCACAGUGCAUAAGAGGUUUCCCCCAAACCCUGGCAAGAGGUAGACGCAGUAGAGGCUCCCUUUCAGCGCUCCGCCAGGAUGAGUUGCUUGCCCUUCGCUUCACCGAUAGGAAAGAUGUGUACAUGUUGUCUACAAUGCACAACGAAACUUCAGUGUCUGUGAGAGGUGGAACAGAGCAGCUGGAGAAGCCGAAGUGCAUUGUAGACUACAGCAAGUUUAUGGGGGGAUUCAGAAGACAGUGCACUAAAACCUCAGUAUUUUAAUUUAACUCUGUCUUCUGAAUAUAACGGUACCCCCACGUAUCAUUAUUUCAGAUUCUUUCCGAUAAGUACAGUGCGAAAUAUAUUAGAUGCCCUUUUAGCUUGUAAGUGUGACAAAGUGAUUUUCUGGGCCUAUGUGGCUAUUUAGAGAGCAUGGCAGCCUGGGUAAUAACAUUUCCACGGUUAUGGCAUACCAUUUUCAAAAGUAGACGACCCAGAGUACAACAAAUGGCAAACCUUGAGAUGUUUGGUCUAGCCAUUUUAACAGAAAUGAUGGGCCCAUGUAGCAAUUUCUACUUUUAUUUUUGUCUUUUUAAUCACAUAAAUUGCAUUUUCACUAGAAAUGUAUUUAGGGCCCCCACCCACCGCUCAGGGGUGGGGGCCAGGGGGGGACAGUAGGUCCCCCCCCUUAUUGUUUUAUUAGGGACCCCACCCACCGCUCAGGGGUGGGGGCCAGGGGGGGACAGUAGGUCCCCCCCCUUAUUGUUUUAUUAGGGCCCCCACCCACCGCUCAGGGGGGGGGGAGGACAGUAGGUUCCCCCCCCUUAUUGUUUUAUAAGGGCCCCCACCCACCGCUCAGGGGUGGGGGCCGGGGGGGAGGACAGUAGGUCCCCCCCCUCAUUAUCUUCAUGGCCCCCACCCGCCGCUCAGGGUGGGGGAGGGGGGGAGGACAAUAGGUCCGCCCCCCUUAUUGUAAUUUAUGUCAUUUUUUUCAACAGUGAGCAGCCACAGGCUGCUCACUGUUUAGUAGACAUGCCCCUACUCGCGGUAUAGCGAGUAGGGGCAUUUGGGAGAUUUUAAUCUCCCUUGUGCUAUUAUGGGGGUCAUAUUGACCCCCAUAGAGUGAGAGGGGGACCUUGUGAAGUGGUGGGGAGCACUGCUCCCUGCCGCUUCUAUCUUUACAUAUUACAAGGAGGGAGCUGCACGCCGGUAGCUCCCUCCUUGUAAUAAACUGAACGAACAAACAUACACUGAUACAUAGUGUUUGUUUGUUCGGCUGAUAUUUCUAUUCACUCAUUCGUCUGUCUGAUGAAUGAAUGACUAGAUGAAAUUCCCGUUCGCAUGUCCAGGUGUUUCACUGGGCAUGUGCGGGAAUCUCACAGUGCUAUCUAGUGUGGGCUGAUGACAUGUCCCACAGGGACUUCAUCUAACCACACAAAGAUGGCGGCGCCCUGAAUAUAGAUCUGGGCAGAAAAAAAGGAUUAAAAAAUAGGUAAUGUGGGGGGCUUAGGGGCAUUUGGGGGUGACUAGUGGGUCAAUUGGAUGUAGUGGAGGCGGGAGGGGGGUUAAAAAAAAACCCGAGAUUCGGCAUGACAGUGCCGAUUUAAGCAACAGGAAACUGCCAGUGAUAUAUGCUCAUCGAAUAUUUUCACAAUCAACAAUUUAUUAAAGGGACACUAUAGUCACCAGAACAACUACAGCUUAUUGCAUUUGUUCUGGUGAGUACAGCAAAAAGCAUGAAGGUGAUGAUUCUAAACACUGACUUUUCAGAGAAAAUGAAUAGUGAUCACUUCACUGGCCACUCCUCAGAUGGCUGUUAGAGAUCCUUCCUGGGUCAUGGCUGCCUAAAAUGCAUCCAAAAAUUCAGUGUCUCCACCCUCUGCAUGCAGACACUGAACUUUCCUCAGAGAUGCAUUGAUUCAAUUCAUCUCUAUGAGGAGAUGCUGAUUGGCCAGGGCUCUGUUUGAAUUGUGCUGGCUCUGCCCCUGAUCUGCCUCUGUCAGUCUCAGCCAAUCCUAUGGGGAAGCAUUGUGAUUGGAUCAGGCUACCACGUCUGAUGCUAGCAGGCAGUGGGCAGGUCUAAAGGAAACAGGGACAAAGUAUGCAGCUGCAGACUUGAAUACAAGUAAGAUUUUACUAUAUUUAAGGAGGCAUGAGGUGGCAGGGGGGCUAGAUGGUGGUAUUAACCCUAUAGGGUCAGGAAUACAUGUUUGUGUUCCUGACCCUAUAGUACCCCUUUAAUACGGUUCAGCAAGAAUAACAAAAGGUUGCAAGGAGGGAUAAGCACACAAAUGAAAACCAUAUAUAGAUCUAUUAACGCUGCAUAAUUCUUUUCAAAUAAUUUUUAUUAAAGUGUUAAAAUUUUGUAGAACAAUUAAUAAUAAUACAAACAUUGUAUUAGGGGUAGGAAAGGAAGGGGAACUUGGAAAUGGGAAGGUGUAUCCAUCCAUCAUUGAAAUAGGCAUAACAAUGUAUAUGGCAAAAAUGUUUUACAUCAAUGCACUUUAACAAUAAAUAUAUCAAAGACCAUAAACUUUUUAGAUUUUUUUUUUUCCUCCCAUUUAUCCCAAUUAUAUUUUAAUAUUGGGAAACCAUACAUAUUAGCUCUAUGCGAUAAUUCGUGUGCCUUGUUUUCUAGAAUCAAAUUGAAAACUUCUCUGAGAGAUGGCACAUUUUGGGACUUCCAAUGUCUAGGUAAACUGGAUGUAGCAGAGAUCAGAAUGUGGCCUAUGACUAUUUUAUCUGAUCUAUUAACGGACUCCGGGAGUUUUUUAAAUAAGGCUAGUUCCGAAGUUAAAAUGGUAAUGGUUCUGUCCACUUUAAUAAUUAGAUCAUGAAUCAUUUUCCAAUAUUUAGCUAAUUUAGGCAAGAACCACCAGAUAUGGGCCAUAUUGCCCACACCCCCACAGUCUCUCCAACACCGGUCAGAAUACAUUUUGUUCAUGUUGUGCAAUCUAGACGGAGCCAGGUACCAGCAAUAUAAAAUAUUAUAAUGAUUUUCAAAAUGGUCGGUGCAAUACGAAAUACCUUUUAAAGCUUUAAAAAAAAAACGAACCAUUCUUCUAGGUCGUACUGGGCACCCAACUCCGUCUCCCAUGACAACAUAUGUUUUAAUUUUAGUAAGGGCUUGGCAUUAUAAAACUAAUAACAUAAAGAUAUCAUACCUUUACAAGUGGGACUGUAUAAAAAAACUUUCUCUAAUGGAGAAAUCUCAAGUGAUUUAUAGUUUUUAUCUGUUUCAGAUACCUGGUAUAAUUCUUUCAAUUUGUCAAUGAUUAGCAUACAUUCCAGUUCACAUACAUUUGUUAAUCCAUACUUAAGCUUCAGUUUUUCCAAGGAAAGAAUAGCAUUGCCAUAAAAAAAAUAUCCAGAUUAGUUAAAGAACAAUCCUUCAACAGUUCUAUUUUUUAAGGAUGGUAUAUAAUCUUUCAAUAACUCAAUAGGCAUUGCUCUAUAUAAACUGGGAGAAUGGUCAUUUUUUAAAAACAAUGUCCCAGGCCUUAAGUGUAGUCUUGGUAGAUAAAAAUAAUUUUGUAACUCCAGGUCUUUUCUUAUGAUUUAACCAAGGUAAUUCUGAUAAUCUAACCGGUAAAAUUUUUAAUUCUUCUAUUUCCAUCCAUCUGGGUUUAUUAACUCUGCAUAAUUCUCACUGUCACCUGCCAUAUUUUUAUUCACAUUGCAUGACUGUAGCAUUCUUUUGGCAAGUCUUUGGUGUCAUGCCCCUGUCUCAUAGCUCCAUUUUCAGCCACUUAGGAUUGAUAUCACUUUUGUUCUGUUCAUUCAGCCCUAUUGGGUCUGCAUGAUCCAUAAACAUCUCUUCAGAACUCCCAUUGAAAAAUUAGCUCUGUCUUUAGCACCUGGCAGUCAGCAUAGAGAAUGCACACAGAGUAGAGAAAAAAAUAUUGUAACAAUGUUUGUUUCCCAUCAUCCUUUGCAACAUGUGCCCUUGUGCUGGUACUGAACUAGAUUGCAAUGUUAUUUGGUAAAUGUUUAAAGCGAAGAUUUUUUUUUAAACAAAUCAAAGCAUAACCUGCGGAGAGAAAAGUUAACACAAUUCUAUUGGUAACUUUCAGUGGUGUAAUUUUCAGAGAUGCAACGGUUCAUGAUUCUGUACAAUUUGUGCUAAUUAUACUAGAUCACUAUUGUGUUUCUCACUCACAAGGCAUUUCAGAACCCUAGGGUAUUCAAGAAAGUAAGUCCCAUGGGUGUGAUGGCAUGCCUUUCAUCUUAUUAGUGUUCUGGUACAGCCUCCUUAAAUGGAUUUUCAGGGCAUAUUAUCCUAGUUUGGGUUAACAUUGCACUUAAAUGGUUGAGGUUACUCCCAAAUUUUAGAAAUGCAAAGUAGCUACAGUUUCCAGAUAUAGUUAGAUUUUCUAGUUAAUUGAUUUAUUUUUAAUUUUUUUUCAUGAUUUGCUAACAAAGCUUGAUAACUGUAGCAGAUGUGUUUGCUUACUGUUUUUAAAUGUCAUAUUCUUUAAUCUCAUUGUGUGUGCCUUGAGGAAGGUUAUUCCAGGCUGCCUGGAAAGAGGAAUGCAUCUCUACAUUAUAUGCAAGACACUUUGAGUUGGAUGCCCAGCGGCCACUGAGCAAAAAAUCACAUGUUUUCUAUGUAAUGGCUCAUCUUUUGGGGCUUUUUGAUUUAUGUAAACAGUGCAUUUCAUUUUACUGUUUAUUGCUGGUUAACCUUGCUACCCACCACAACGCUAAGAUAAAUGUGUUAUAUAUUACAAAUUUGUUUGUGAACAUUAAAAGGAGUAGUCCAUGUGGGUUGGUGUCAACAUGCUGUGGUUAUGAUGCUUAAAUAAUAGUCUGUCCUAUUUUUAUUUUUUUUUAUUUUUUUUAAUUUAAAAUUUUGACACUUCAGUCUGGACUCCUUUUCUGUUAUUGCUAGAUUUGUCCCUGUUAGUCCCUAUCUCCACACAUGUUGCAAAUUUACAGAUUUUACUAUUAACAUGACGUAAAGUCAUGAUUUUAUUAAUGACACGGAGGCGAGUAUUAUGCUGCACUCUUUCUUUAUUUACCUCAGCAGCAAAGAAAAAUAACAUUAAAUCAGUAUAAAAGAAACCAGUAAAUAACAUGAGGUAUAUCUUCAUAGCAACAGCAACAGCCAAUCAGCAUCCUCUUUAUAGCAUAAUAGGCAGUGUCCAGUAUACUACUUCCUCUUUCUUGCGAUCCCGAACAAGGACAACAAAUCCAAAUAAAAAGUGGGCUCCAAUUAGAGGGUAUACGAGCCUUAAACUGGAUCUAGAAGUCAAGCUGGAAGAGAAAAGAGAAUAUGGUAAUAUCCAAGUAUAAAACUGGAUUUAUGCAUAAAUUCGCAUUACAUGAAAUAUCAGAUAUAUAUAUACACAUAACAUGAAAUUCAGUUUAGUCAAACCUUAAGCUCUUGACAGUCAUUAACAAGGAUAAAACCUAGUAAUCAAAAAAGACUUACUGUGAAGUCAACUUACCCAGAGAAGACCAAAUCUCCAGGGAUGGGAGGGAGGGAUAAUACUCGCCUCCGUGUCAUUAAUAAAAUCAUGACUUUACGUCAUGUUAAUAGUAAAAUCUGUAAAUUUUAUUAAGACACGGAGGCUCCUAUUAUGCUAGUUCAAAGCUGUGAAAUUAUGUCUCCUGUGAAGUGUUGAAUAGGUCUAAAGUAGAAAUCAUGGAAUGUAGGCUCCGAAGACCAGCCGCUCUCAUAAUAUCCUCCAAGCGACAACCAAUCGAAGAAGCCUUAGAAGCCAUUGCCCUACGAACCGAAUGAGGCACUGACACAUAGGUAUCAAUACCUGCUAGAGACAUAACGUAUUUGACCCACCAGGCUAGAGUAGACACCGGAAGAUGCGACUUUUGGAAGAGUUCCUGUUUCAAAGGAUUCUGUAACGUAGUAGAACGAUGUUCACACACCCAUUAGUAUGCAACAGGGCAAAGGAGAGAUCUAUCAGGGAAAACUGGGUAAGAUAGAUUUUAGAGGAGGUUUUUGUCCUCCGUGAAAUGUCAAAGAGGACACCUUCUGGAGUAAAGGAACGAGCAACCACCUCACGAGCUCGUACGUCAGAAAAACCUCUUGCAAGAAAAAAAAAAAAAAAUUCAAGACAAUAGAGACGUCCCACAAGACAGAGUAUCGUGGUAAGGGUGAAUGAGCAAACCAUAUUCCUCAGAGAAGUCAAUAUAUGACAGGAUGUCAACCGACAGGCGUCCAAUCAAAACUUUGAUGGCCAGCAGAAAUGGACGAUCGGUAAGGUCCACAGUGCGAUAGGCUUUACCUUCAUCAUAGAAGUCAGAAAAAUGGAGGACAGACAUAAAAGGAGCCGAUAUGGGAUUUAAAUUUAUUUUCAUGCACCAACUAUGCCAUCUGCUCCAAGCAGAUUUAUAAGCCUGUCUCGUGUUGGGUGCACCCUUGAUAAGUUGGGGAGUUGAUUGCGAAACUCCCUUGACCGACCAAGGUUCCCUGAAAUAGACUACACUAUGAGAUGCAAGAGACCUUGGAGAACAAGAGGAUGAGGUACACCAUCUGGAUCCUGAAGAAGGCACUCGAGAGAUGGAAGGUCGAUAACCAUCUCCUGAAGAAAAGAGAACUAUGGUUGGGAUGGCGAUAGAGGAGCCACGAUCAACAGGUGCCGGACUGGCGAUGUAGAUGGAAAGGCAAAAAAUCAUAAUUCCUUGGAGAAAACAUUCAUAGCCAAUGCUAUCGGAUCUGGUCUCCAACUGAAAAAACAGGGAAGUUGAGCAUUCAAACGAGAAGUGAAAAGAUCUAUUUCCAAUAGACCCCAUAGGUUCCAGAUGUCUUGGAAGACCAUGGAAUCCAAGUGUCAGUCGCUGGAAUCUCCGAGUUGGCGUGAAUACAAGUACGUCGUAGUGUUGGAGAGACCUUGAAUAUAUUCUGCCGUGACUGAAAUGCCGUUUCUCAGGCAAAAUUGCCAGCAAUCAUGAGGCAUGUAGGUCAGAAUUUUGUAUUUUGUGCCUCCAAGUGAUUGAUGUAGCGGACUGCUGACACGUUGUCCAUCUUCAGAAGGAUAGCGCAUUGGGCUUGAGUUGGGGAGAAACUAUGGACUGCAAAGGAACCGGGUGUUCCAAACAAUUGAUGUUGAGUGUUGAUUCCAGGUUUGAUUAUCUGCCCUUGGUGGAAAUAGUUCUGCAUUGAGAACCCCAACCGUGCAAACUUGCGUCGGAUUUGAGUAUAUGGUGUGCUUAUUCCAAGCUUCCAUGUGAAGAACCCACCAUUGGCGUUCAUUCUCCGCUUCUGAGUCCAGAGUUACCAUAUCUGUGUAUGAUGUGCUGCUCUUGAGAUGAAGUUUGUAAUCGUUGUAGGGCUCGAUAGCCAAGAACACCUGUAGAAAUGGCCUGUAUAGAUGCCGCUAGAAGGCCUAACAUUCUCAACAGUUGUUUGAGAGAGAGUUGAGAGGUUGCUAGUGUUUGCCUAUCUCCUUCUUUAUAUUGGCUAAUUUUGCCACCGGAGGGUGUAGAGUUUGAAGGGUAGAAUCUACAAUAAUCCAAUAUAACCCAGAAAUUGUAUUUGUUGUGUGGGAACGAUAAUGGAUUUCUCCCAAUUGGUCAGGAAGCCUAGGUUCUCUAACAGAGUCAAAGUCCAUGCAAGGUAUGUCCGGAUUAAUUGAAUAGACUGAGCCAGAAUGAAAAUGCCAUCUAAAUAUAUUAUAAGAUGUGAGCUUGGUGAAGCACCAUGGAGCUGAAGACAGUCCGAAUGGGAGGCACCUGAACCUCUAUUUACUGCCCUACCAUGUAAAUUGCAGGAAGUUCUCGAUCUUGAUGUUGUACUGGGAUAGGCACUGUGAGAUAUGCAUCCUGCAGAUCCAAUUUGGCCAUCCAAUCUGCUGGUUGGAGAAGAUCCCUUAAACAAUGCUCUCCUUCCAUCUUGGAAGUGCUGAUAUGCUCAUAACUAUUGAGCAGUCUCAAAUUUAUCACUGGACGGAUACCUUUGCCUUUUUUGGGAAACAAGAAAAGGUUGCUCACGUAACCCAGGGUAUGCGCCAGAAUCUCUACAAUUGAUUGUCCACAGAGACAAGGUCUGUGUCUCAUUGGGAAAAAACAAUUUCCCUUGAUGGGGAACAUUGAACAAGUAGAGAAAGGAAGUCUAUGCAAUACCCUUUCACAGUGUGAAGAACCUAAGCAUCUGAUGAAAUGAGGAAUCAUACAUGGGAAAAAUGUGUGAGCCUGCCCCCCACUAUCAGUAAGAAAGAAUGGAAAUUGUGAAGACGUCUUAGGAGCACCUCUUAGGCCACUAACAAUCCAGGGUCGGCCACUUUGUGAGAAGGAGGUUGGUAUAGUACAUUGUUCAAAGAAAUCGGCUCGGCAAGUACAAGAGCCUUGGUUCUGUCUAAAAGAACUUCUGUUUGUUUAGCAGGACAAAGGAGCCCAAUUCUUUUACAAAGUUGUCCCCAAAGAGAAAACCUUUUGCCUGUGUUAUCUGGCUCGUUUGGGCUCAAUCUUGAGCAAGAUCGAUUUGUGGCGUUCUGUGACAACCGCAUUGUUGGCGUUGCCAACUUAAAAUCACUCUCUGGAUCUAACCACUUAAGAUGGCGCAAUCUAAUUCUAGAUCAUCCUCCACUGCUUCAAAGAUCUUGGCUGCUGAGCCCAAGAUGCCCAGGAUUUUAUCCUUACAGUUUUGCAAUGAAAAUCUAAGCCUUUAGAUGGAUUCCAUCCUGUCUUACUCAGGAAUUGAAUGAUUUUAGGAUUGACUGAUAGCGUUUAACAUGAGUCAUCAGGGACUGUUCGGUGUGGCCAUUCAGCCCGCAAUUUAUUUCACUUUGCCUUCUCAAAAGGCUUGCGUACUCUGGAUGCCAAUAUACUUGGCUACAUGGUCUGAGGAGACCACUGGGUGACAUAGGUCGUCAGGUUCGAAUAGGGGUUCACAUUGAGUGUCCAAGAUCCUAUCGGUGUCCCUGAGUCUGCAUAAUCUACCUAAAUCUUGGUAGGUUUAACAGGACGUGUAUCCCAAACGGGAUUAGCAUCCUCUUCAUCAGUAAUUUCAGGAUCAGAAAUAUCCUCUAAACCCUUCAUAUAGGACCCAGGGAACUCCUCCUCAAUAUCACUGAGCUCAGAUUCAGAGUUCAGUUGGGCUUUUGCCCUUUUCCAGUCUAGUCGAUUUUGCCCGCCUAGUAGCUCUUUUGCGCGGUGGUAAAUUAAUCGCGCCAUCCGUGACAGGUAUGGAACUGUCCAUCUCUAUUGUUUUGGAGGAGUGUUUAGCCUUAUAUGAGGCCUUGCGGCCAGGCUGAAGCAGAGCAGGUGUGAGUACAGAUACACCUCCAUAUAGUACUCAGGAAACUCCUCCUCAAUAUCCCUGAGCUCAGAUUUAGAGUUCAAUUGGGCUUUUGCCCUUUUUCAAAGUCUAGUCGAUUUUGCCCGACUAUUAGCUCUUUUGCGCGGUGGUAAAUUAAUCACGCCAUCCGUGACAGGUUUGGUACUGUCCAUCUCUAUUGUUUUGGAGGAGUGUUUAGCCUUAUAUGAGGCCUUGUGGCCUGACACCAGGGCCUUGUCAUUGCUUUUGCCAUGGAAGUGUCAAUUAAAGCCUGCAUGUCAGCAGGAUCAGUAAAGCAGAAAUUCAGCCUCAUCUCCAGAGAUACCUGGAGAGGCUUCUACAUUAAUCUGCAUGUUUGCUGUAGACCCAGAAGGCACAGAAAGAUCCUGUCAGACUGCAUCAUAAAUAUACAAACAAACCUAAGGGUCUGAAUAAAGCAAAAUAAUACCAAAAAUAAAGGGUUGAGUAACCCUCAAGUAAAUAAAUAAAUAACUAAACAGGAUAAAGAAAUGAAAGUACUCACAAUAGUGAAAAAAAAUAGCAAUUGUAAUAUAAAAACAAAGGAGCUGCCCGGCUGCCGCUAUAACUAAACCCCAACUUGGAUUUCUGGCAGUUGGUGGCAGAGCAGCAGCCAGACAGAUAAAUUAAGGGAAAAAACAGCACAAUAGCACUAUUCAGGAGAUAAAGAUCCUCAAAGACGUCCCUGAGCCCCAAUUGAUGGUAAUCUUGGGGCCAGGGAGGUCAGAGGGUAAAGAAAUUAUCAAAGGAUAUAUAAUAAAGCAUAUAACAGACGCAAAUGAAGUAAAUAAAUCAAAUUACGUUAAAAUGAAGUAACUAAAUAUAUGUAUAAACAUGAAAAUAUUAUAAUUAAAAUGUAAUAACUAUAAUAACUAUAUUAAUCACAGUAAUGAUAUGAAUAAAGUAAAGUAAAAGAUCCCACAGUUAAGAACCGUGGGACCCAGUGUCACUUAACUGAGGGAGCAGCAAAGAAAGAGGAAGUAGUAUACUGGACACUGCCUAUUAUGCUAUAAAGAGGAUGCUGAUUGGCUGUUGCUGUUGCUAGGAAGAUAUACCUCAUGUUAUUUACUGGUUUCUUUUAUACUGAUUUAAUGUUAUUUUUCUUUGCUGCUGAGGUAAAUAAAGAAAGAGUGCAGCAUAAUAGGAGCCUCCGUGUCUUAAUAAAAUUACACCUGUAAUUUUUGGUGGAAUUCAUUGGCUAAGAUCCAAAGAGGGAUAACCUCUCAUGUCUAUUUCUGAAUGGAAUUAAAACCUAAAUAAAAUAACAAAUGUAUGUAUAUGUGGUGAGGUACUCAGGAUUUUGUGAUUUAACACCUAAAUGGCAGAGAAUUGAGCAGUGGGACUGCAGGGGCAUGUUCUAUACACCAAAACAGCUUUAAUAACGGAGGCAAUUGUACAAGUUCUGAUCAAGACAAAACCUGAUAUUUGAGCUAUAUGUCUGUCCAGCCCUCUAUUGUUAAUAUGCAACAUUACACAAAUACAAAAUACAAACAAUACACUUAUAAAACGACCAGAGAAUCUGAAUGUUGCCUUCUGCUAAGAUUCAUUGCUUCCCUGCAUAAAAGUGGAAGAGUACAUCACUUACAUAUUCUAAAAACAAAUCAUUUACACCUUUGAGAUUUAUUGCUUUUCAUCUGUGCACUAUUUUAUGCACCCAAAACCCAAAAGAACUGAAACUCACAGGGUACUUCACUUCAUCUUCAGAAGUGAAAAUUCACACUGAAUCCCAGAUUUAAGUAGCUGAACUGGAAAUUCUCUAAGGCAGCUAUGCUUUCAGUUUGACAACUUUAGCCUUAAAUUUCAUAUCCACUUUGGAUUCUCACUUUAGUAAAUAACCCCGGCCUAGAGGCCAGUAAGAUCAGGGGAACUUUGGUUAAAGGGAUGCUAUAGUGCCAGGAAAACAAACCUGUUCUCCUGGCACUAUAGGCUCUUGGAGUGCCCCCCUCUGUCGGCGCUGGAGGGGUUGAAACCACUUCAGCCAAUUACCUCAAUCCAGCGCCAGGCUCCCUCUGUGCUGGUGACCUCUCCUCCCCCGCCGACGUUUUCUCCCGAAUGAAGCCGAAUGCGCAUGCACGGCCAUUACUCAAUGCUUUCCUAUAGGGAUGACAAAUAAGUAUGAUUUACUUAGUGUAAGUCGUGGAAGCGCCUCUAGUGGCUGUCAGGGAGACAGCCACUAGAGGCUGCAUUAACCCUGUAGUGUAAACAGUUUUCAGCUGCAGGGUUAAAACUAGGGGGGCCUGGCACCCAGACCACUUUGUAGAGCUGAAGUGGUCUGGGUGCCUGUAGUGGUCCUUUAAGAGAACGUUGUGUCUCUUAAACUCUCAGAGACAAAGUAUGAUAGAUCAUAGGGCGAGAUGGAUGAAUAAUCUAAACUUCCAAAGACCAGCCCUACUCGCAACAUGGUAGGAAAGCAGGAGGAUGACUCCUGUGAUGUUUAAUAAGGAGUGGGGGGGAGGGAGUUGUAUAACAGGGUUUCUUGGCAGUAAAACAUUUACAGUCAUACAUAGCAGGGUGCUAUUGCUGAGGAGCUCUUACUCAUUCCUACAGCUCUAAAUUUGAAUGGCAAAUUAAAAUUUUUAUUUAAAAAACAUUUUAUUUAUUUUUUUGGCAAUCUUUUUUUUUAUUAUUUAUUUUGGUUGUGCAUUUGUGAAAGUUACAGGUAAGCUUUCUGUAAGUCACAUCAUGAACAAGCAUCAAUGCAACAUGUUUAACACUUGAAGUAACAUAUGAGGAACAUGCACAUUUUAUAUUUUCUGUUUAAACAAGCUUUAACCGUUUAAGAGUAUCUGAAGAAGGUUGCAAUUUAGGGGAGUUUGUUAGAUAAGGAGAGACUCCUAGGCAUGGCAAUCCUUUUUUAUUUAAGUAAAUGCACGAUAUCCAGACAAAGCUUUUUAAAGAAAAUUUCUUUAUUUCAAAUUUUAUGACUAGAAAAAAGAACAAAACAGUGCUAGACAAAAAUCUUGCACUCAACAGAGAAAUUUAGGGAAAAUUAUGAAUUCCAGCCUGCCAUUGAACAUGUAGGGCAAAAUGUAUCAGAACUGUGCAAAGAGAAGGCAGUGUUUACAUUCCUGCCUAGUAACACCUCUAGUGGCAGUCACUCAAACGGUCACUAGACGUGCUUCCUAUUUCUGUGCUGCACUUGUGUUCAGCAUCUCCACGUUGUGCAUGGUGAUGCUUAUUGACAAAAGAUGGCAAUUUGUUGUGCAUGCGCAAUAGCUUCCCAAUGGGAACGUUUUUUGUUGGCUUAGAUAGCCAAGAUUGAUCUCCACCAUCGAAGCGACGGCCAAGCUAUUGCAGUGAUGGAGAAAAGGUACGUUUUAAAACACCUUUUUUAACUCCAUUCUGAGCGAGGUUUGUCACCUAAAAAUGUACUCCAUCACUGUAGAGUUAGGAAUACAUGUUUGUAUUCCUAACACUGUAGUGUUCCUUUAAAGCCAACUAGGAGCCAAAUAUGAGCCAAUGUUUUGCUUAUACAAUCCAUUUAGUAAACUGGUAGAAAGGGGUGCUUAAAGAAAAUUGACUGUCCAUCUGAAACUUCAAGUGGAAGGAAGCAAGCAGUGUUAUAUAAGUUGGUGGUUUAGAAGAAGCGUAUAGCUGGUCAUCUAAUUGAUAAAAUCAAGCUUCCCUGGAUGGGGCAAGGGAGGGUAAAAGGGGAAGGUGGGAGUGCAGGAAGGAGAUAAUGAAUGUACCAGGACGGAAUAAAACUAUGUACAGAAUAGAAAAAAGAGAACAAGGAUAAAAUUAAUCGGAGAGGUGGAGAAGAGGUGUUUCAGGGCCCUACCGCAAAAAAGUAGAGGGUUCGGUCAGUACAGAGAUGCUAGACAAUGAGAAUUGGUAAUAGUAACUAGUCCCACAUAAAGAUUCUUCGAGCGUCAUUUUAUUGAUGCAGUCCCUCUCUAGGAACAGAGACCUGGAUAUUGACAUCCUAGGAGUGUGGUGGUCUGGGAUCCUUGCUCAGUGAUGCAGGAACUGUGGUGGACAGCCUGGCACCCCGACUGGGUGCCUCCGCCAAUCGCUGCUUCCUAGUAACCUGAAGUACUAUAAGCACCUCACCUCACCUCACCUCACCUCAACAUAAGCACCUUAGCUGCUGCAGCUUGGCUGAGGUCUCGCUGUCCUCCACCGACCUUGGACCCAAGUCCAGGAUCCAGCUUCCAGUGGGUGGACCUCUCCUACUCCAGAGAGUCUAGCAGGUAUAAAUGUGUAGCUCUUACAAGAGCUGGUGAUAAUAGGCUCUGUGAUGAGGGUUAAGUGAACUCAUUUUAAUGGGACCACAACUGGUAGUCAAAGUUUGACCGACUGCACUUAAGCACGGUCCAGUGCCCAAAACAGUUCCAUAGAAUCGCGACUAAGUGCCGCUGGGGGACAGACCGGAACAGUAAAGUAAUUCCAGGGUAUUCGUGGCUAAGUCUCUCUGAAGUCUAUUUGCGGGUUUGGUCCAUGCGAACGGCUGCCAGGGAGCUAGCGUUCGGUUCUAUGUGCACGAAUGGAAAGUGCUGAAUGAGGGGAAUCGGGGGAAUAAAAUAUGGGUCUUUACAGUCGCCGACCUGGCCCAUAGUCUUUUGGCAGGAGGCUGGCAAGCAGGCCCCUCCAAAAGCCCCUGGUGAGGUUCUGUUUGCCACAGAAACUGUAUAAUAAAUGCUAACAGAAAGUCCUCCUGCUCCAAAACUGUCCAUUUAUGUCUCUGGCCACCACUAGUCACUAAUAAUGACCAAGGUGUUCCCCAUUUCUAUUGAAUUGCAGUGUAUUGUAGCUGUUUAGUGAUGAGAGCUGCAUGCCACUGCACGGUUGAGCUAACAAAAAUCAUGAAAAAAGUGUUGCUAAAAAAAUCAAAAGUAGUAUGUCCUUGCACUGCAUUUACAAAAAACAUUUUUGCAUCUUUUUGCACUUCUUGAAGCACAAAAUAACAUUAUCUGGCAUUGACUGUGAGCACUUGGAGGCCUGGGAAGGCAAUAUAGCUCAUGCAAACAAUUGGCAGCAGGAGCAUAGAAUAUAAGUGUAGGAUAAACCGGGGAAGCUCUCCCAAGUCAGAAGAAUCAAGUAUACCUUUAACUUUCACAUUUCUUUGUCGUACUCUACCUUUUUUUUUUUUUUUUUUUUUGUUACCAACUCACAUACUUGAGCCAUACUCGAGUUUUACUUUAUGUGGACCCCCUGAAUCUCCUCUUCAGUAUCUUUAAUCAUAUUUGAGAACUAGCAGCGUCGGCGGGGAAGGAGUGUGGGCGGAGCUGAGCCAGUGCCGAGGGAUAUCGGCGCUGGAUCCAGGUAAGUGACAGAAGGUUUUUUUAACCUCUUCUGCACUGGGUAGGGGCAGGCAGGGGCUUGACAGAGGGGAAGCUAUAGUGCCAGGAAAACGAGUUUUUCUUGGCACUGUAUUUUCCCUUUAAUAGUAUGAAGUUUCUGCUGCUACCUGAAACAUCCAUGAAAUUGUUUAAUAACUGUGAUAGUGAAUAGGAUUUACUAGAUAAAUCCAUUAGUUGCCUUCUUCGUCAAUGAUUCUCAAAGUUUAAAAAUCCAUACCUGAUGUUGCUCUCGAGUAUUCAACCGCCAUGGAUUAUUAUAGCUUCCCCUCCAAAGAAGUGUGUGUCUAUAUAUACCUGAUACAUGAAGGCUUGACAAAUCCUGCCAGGUUGCCAUGGCGAAUAGAAAUUUUGUCCUGGCGCCUGGGAUUUUUACCAGGGGCCCUUUAGCGAAGCAGCAUGAGCAGUAAUCCUCCUGCAACUCCUCUCUGCUCACUCGCGCUGUUUAGUCUCACCCUCCUCCCCCACGCUGUGCCGGUUUCGUGGAGGCUGAUCCCACCUCAUAGGCUGGUCCUGCCUCCUUGGGUGAGAUCAUUCAUAUUUGUGAUUUGCGCCAAGUCAAUUAUUUACCAUAGGAAAACUUUAAGAGGAUAUUGCGUAUGUGCAGAAAAGGGCUGAGCUGCGCCAAUCAGCAUCUCUGUGGGGAACAUGCAGCGUGUAGAGACGCUGAACUUGAGCGUGAGUGCCUGCCACAAGAGGUGUCCCCAGGCAGCAAUGUAAAGUUUUUUUUUUUUUUUUUUUUGAAAAUAUUGCUUACAUUAAAAAGUCUGCAUGGACAUGCUACAGACACCAGAGCAACUAUAUUAAGCUGCAGUGGUUCUGGUGAAGUGAAACUUUGUUAGUUAAAAAAAUAGACUGGCUCCUAUCAUUUAUUUAUUUAUUUAUUUGCUGGCACCUAGAUUACAAACCGAUUUGUCACGCCCUGUGAUACAUGAAUUUUUCAUAUGUUAAAAUAUCCUGUCUGUAUAUAGUCCCAGACUAUUCUCAUACAUUUAGAAGCUAUAUUUUCCUGUACGUAAACUAUUUCAGAACAAUUUUGCUUUGACUAGUAAAGCCGAUAACCUGUGAUGUCCAUUUAGCUCCAUUACAAGCAGUUAAUCCAUAUCAAAGUACUGUUCUUUUAUUUAAUUAUGACCUUUUAUGUAUUUUUCCCAUUUCCCCCCCAUCCCUUUUUUAAAAAAUCGUAAUUGCAGCAAUCCCCUUCCCUAUCCAAUAUUUGUGUAUAGGAUCAAAUCGUCCAGACUUGGUUUAAUUUGCAAAUAGUACUGGGCAUGUGACUUUAAGAUUUUUUUUUUUUUUUUUUUUAAGUAUAGCUCCCAUGCUGUUCCCAGCACUCCUUCCUUGGCACUUUACCCCUUGCCAUCAUCAGAUGAUUAUGUUAAAAAAAAUGUAUUUUCCCAUUAUGUCAGACUUUUGUUCACCCUCAAUUUAUGGCAGAAUGGGGCAGUUUCACAGAGACCUUUUUGUAGUGUCUGCGACCUCACAUACAUAUUUAUAUUUUCACUGCUAACCUCGUAGUCAUCCAAAAUAUGUACUAUGUUUUUCUAACAUUUAUUAUUUAAGUGCAGAGAAGCAGAACACUUUCACUUUACCUUUUUGGGAUUAGCAAAUAGAAAUGUGCCUCACACCCAUUUUUUACCUGGGCGAAUGUCUGGACUUUGUAUUCCUUCUUUAAGCUUUUUUUGUUUGUUUUUUAAUUUUUUUUAUUCCCUCCUCCUCCUCCCUACCUACAUCUUGAACUUUCUUCCUCUUUCUAACUUUGAUUUAUGUAGUGUCCUUAAUUCCUACCACUCUUGUGUUUUAGGUCAGCUUCAGUGCAUUACUUUCCCCAGACAAGAGGAGGAAUACUUGAAGUUGAUUGUUCGCUGUCGACCAUGCAUCUUUGUCCUGGGGCAGAAUUGCAGUGCUCGUGGUAAAGUAGUCAAUGCCCUCUUGGGCGAUCAGUUGCUGCCCAUCGGUGGAUGCUGUGGUCCAGAAUCUUGUAAGAGAAGGAGGAUUCGUUUUCGGUAUGGAAAGCAGACCUUGGUGAGCUUGGCUCUGCCAGAGCAGUAUGAGCUCGUCCACCAUCUGGUGUCACACCAGGGUAAAUGGGACACUAUUCCAGAGGAGGACCUUGAAGUUCCAGAGGAUGAGGAAGACCCUGCACAUCGUCUUGCUGAGCUGGAAGUUACAAUGCCCCAUCAACUCUUGCAGGUACUUGAACUUCUUGAACAAACACCCAGAGUUUCUCUCCAGUGCAUGAAGUAUCAAACCUAUUUGGUGUGGUCAAGUAUGUUCAAUUUCACAUAAUACUGUCUGUCAUACUUACCCACCUGUUCCACUGAUAGAAGUGUCUGUUUACACUGUAUAGCUCUUGAUGGAUGCAGUAUGCCAUGCUGUCCAAUUUUUGUUCCAUUUUUUUUUUUUUUCUUCAUUGCAUAUAGUCAUGGCAGGGAAUAUAUCACAUUGACUGCAAAUCCUCCACUCGGUCAAAAUAUUUACUAGAUGUUACAAUACUUUUGUGCUACACAUGAAUGUAUACAGUAGUGAUAUGGCCCAUAAUAGUGCUAGCUGCUACACAACCUUCUGACUGUACUUGUGACCACGAUUUCCUGCUUUUUCUUUUUGCUUGAUUGUAUGGCAAAUAUUAUUUUACCUGGUACUGCCCCAUCCCCCCUUUUCCAAUUUAUUUUCAAAGUCAAACUUCCCAUGGUCUGGGUCAGUGUUCUCACAGGCCCUAUGCUAUCCUUUCCCUCUGUGCUGCAUCCCUCCGAGGCUGUUCCGUCACACUGUAUAGAGCUAGUCUGCUCUGUCACUCUGGAGACGCCCAUCUUUCAUCUUUAUGGCUGCUGACAAGAGGCCUUUGUUCCCACAGGACUAAAUUUAGUCCCCUAUGAUCAUGGGCGUGGAAUAUUACUUCACAUGAGUAAAAUACAGAUUCUCCGUACUAUUUAUGCUUUUAUAAACAGAAGACGCAGGAGGAGGAAUUGAGGCAACUGGAGUUGUUGUCCCCAGAAAUGAGCUUGUAUCAGUUUGCACUUUAUUUUCCCAUAUCCACCUUCCAACAACUUAGAAAUCAGCACUUCAAUCUGGGUACCACAAGUUUAGACUUAGAGGAAUUGUCACGUGGCAGUUCCUACUUCAUUCACCCUAGUAAACACUAUAAAAACUUACCUCCUCUGCUCUUUCAUAUUAAUGAAUAAAUUAACAAUGCUGUAUUUACCUCUCUCCCUGGGCUUGUCAAAGAUGCUUGGAAUCUUGGAGCCAGAUUAUUAUUUUUUUUUUUUUUUUAACUGACCAAAGCAAAAUUUUCAACAACAAAAAUCUUAAAGGGACACUGUAGUCACCAGUACCCCUGUAGCUUAAUGUAGUUGUUCUGUUAAUAGCUGGUCCCUGCAGGCUUUUCAAUAUAAACACUGCCUUUUGAGAGAAAAGGCAAUGUUUACAUUGCUGGCUAGUAACACCUUUAGUGAUAGUCACUUACCCACUAGAGAUGCUUCCUAGUCCUGUACUGCACAGUGUGCAGGACCUACGUUCUUAGUCUUCCUCUUUGCAUGGAGCCGCCGAAUGUUCCCCAUAGAGAGGCUGAUUAGCGCAUUUGCAAUAGCCUCUCAAUGUUUUCCUAUGGGAAAGCAUUAGCUUGGGUGAGAUCAUCAAGAUUUAUUAUUUCAGCCAUGAGGCCAGACUGGCACAGCUUGGGGGGGGGGGGAAAGGAGAGUGAAUAAAACACUUUUCUCAUGCGAAUGGAGCUUGUCAGAUUACCUAAACAGACAUGCGUCCACACACAUGCACACGUUUUCUUAUAUACUCACAAAUAAUUUUUUUUGAAUACUACUUUUGGGAGAGCUGGAGUGGGUCAUUUCCCUGUGGUCCAUUGUGACCUGUGGUCCUACUGUGAUCCUGUAAUCUUCAAGCUCUUCUUGCUCUGCUCCCUUGCGGUCUAGUGACGGCAGGACGAGCGAGGGAGCAGAGCAGUAAUAUUAUUUCUCUCUCGGCUGAUUGGCUGAAUGGCGGACUGCCUGCUUACUCCUUCGGCUGGAGGGGUGGGGGACCUCGGCUGAACAGACUGACAGUCAGGCUCCUGGACAAAAUUCUUAGUAGCCUUGACGACCUGGAACCUGCUAUUUGUUGAGCCCUGCUCUAGCCCAUAUAAGUGGUUGCCUCCAUCUUCCUGUCAGACUUUAUCGUAAGUGUUGGGGUUUUCUAUUGAACAUAAUGUGUCGAAGAGCUGAAAGGGAAACUCUUUUUCAUCCUUCAAUGCAUUGUGUGCUCUUGCAGCACUGACCUUUGUGAUGUCACUUACUAAAUCUUUUCAAGUGUAUAUAGCCUCACAAAAGGUAAAAGGGACACUGUAGGUAUCUUAUUGAAGUGGUAAGGGUGCAGUGUUCCUGUCCCCUUAACCUCGCAAUGUUAUCCAUUGCUAUUUCAGAGAAACUGCAAUGUUCAUCUUGCAGAAUUAAGACUGCCUAUAGUGGCUGCAUACCAGACAGCCACUAGAGGUGCUUCCUGCAGUUUCACAGAGUUUAAUGUUGGAUGUCCUCACAUUUGAGUCUAUGCUUUCCUAUGGGGAAGGCCUAAUGCGCAUUAAAGGAUCACUAUAGGGUCAGGCACACAAACAUGUAUUCCGGACCCUAGUGUUUUAAAACCACCAUCUAGCUCCCCUGGGCCUCUCAUGCCUCCAUAAAUAUAGCAAAAUCUUACUGUAUUCAAGCCAGAAGCUGUAGCUCUGCAUGCGGUUUGCCGUAAAAAAAACAAGCAGUCUGCUGACAUCAUCAGAAGUGGUGGCCUGAUCCAGUCACAAUGCUUCCCCAUAGGAUUGGCUGAGACAGACAAGGAGGCAGAUCAGGGGCAGAGCCAGCACAAUUCAAUCACAGCCCUGGCCAAUCAGCAUCUCCUCAUAGAGAUGACUUGAAUCAAUGAAUAUCUGAGGAAAGUUCAGUGUCUGCAUGCAGAGGGAGGAGGUACUGAAUGUUUGGAUGCAUUUUAGGCAGCCAUGACCCAGGAAGGAUCUAUAACCGCCAUCUGAGGAGUGGCCAGUGAAGUUAUCACUAGGCUGUAAUGUAAACACUGCAUUUUCUCUGAAAAGACAGUGUUUACAGCAAAAAGCCUGAAGGUAAUGAUUCUUCUCACCAGAACAAAUUGAAUAAGCUGUAGUUGUUCUGGUGACUAUAGUGUCCCUUUAAAUUCUCUCGGCUGACACUGGAGGAGCCAGACCCUGUGCCAAAGGACCUCGGCACUGGAAUUAGAUGUGGUUUUUAAAGGCUUUAUUUUUAAUGGACAGGAGGGGCUGCGAAGGAAGUUAGUUUUAGGAAUUCAGUUUUGUAUUACUAAUACGAUAGUGUUCCUUUAACAUAAGUUAGAAGUCCUUUUCUAUGUUUUUCUUUAAUACUGUAAUUUCCAGAGAAGCGUCCGCUCUCCUUUAAAUCUAAUGUAUUAUAGUCUACUUUUAUUGUGACAAAAGUGUGCUCAAGCAUACCUCGGCAUUUAUUUUAUUUAAUUCUUCCCCUAUACCCCCCUCCCCCCUUCCUUUUACAGUCUGUGGUUACUGUGCUUUGUAUAGAGCUGUCAUUCAGCCUUUUUUAUCUGUCUGUGAGUUGCUGCUGCAGAUCUGCCUUUGCUUCCUCCUACUAUAACGGUCCUGAGUCUGACUCAUCUCUCCCAGUGCUCAUUCGCAUGCGAACCCCACCCACCCUCCCCCUGCACAGAAUACAUUGGCUUCCUUUUGGGAAGUUUUAAAGUGGCGCAAUAAACUGAUUUAGAGUGUGUGUGUGUGUGUGUGUAUGUAUGUAAACAAAAAUAUCACUGUAUCCUUUUUGAUAAAAAAAAAAAAUUGUACAUAUCUGUGUGUAUGUAUGUUUUAAUAUUCUGAAUGUUUUAUUCUGUAAGCACAUUUUAAGUUCAUGCUUUGUUACAUAUGAUGUAUCACUGUUCUGUUUUUUUGCUUUGUUUUUCUUGUUUAGAUACCUGCAGCACUCAGCAUUUUAUAAAUAAGGUAUUGCUGAAUGUAAGCAGAGCAUGGGUUAGGAAGUAUUAACAAAUGUAUGUUCCCGUUUAAUAUAAAAUAUUCAUAACUAUCAAAUUAAAAUAGUUGCUAUUAUAAAACACCCUUUAAUAUUUUAAGUUUUUUCUGUUCAAGUGCUGUUUGAAUAAAUGGCACGUAUUUUUAUGUAUAUUUACUGCAUUAGUCUUUGUAUAUUGGAGACUAGCCAUCUUUAUUACACACACGAAGGCUUCUCUGGUGUUUACAAGUGUCUUAAGUAGUGCAUUGAUUAAUUCUUAUAGUGGUUGUGGACAUUUUUAAUAUGUAAACACUUGAUGUUAAUUUGAAGAGUAUUCCUUUAUGGCCAAGCUUCUACACAUGUAUUCCCUCUGAGGGUUUAAUACUGCAGUAGUAACAUUGCAGUCACGGGAAAUAGAAAGUACACAGUCUUUGAAUUCUAUGGUUUUACAGAUCAGGACAUAUCAAUCAUCUGUUCUCUAGCAGAUCUUAAAAUUAGGUAAGUACGACCCCAGAUGAACAACAACACAUGACAUUACAUGUCCUGAUUUAUUUUGCCAAAAUGGAGAAGCCACUUGUGGAAAAAACAAGUACACCCAGUGGCAGAACUGCAGGGGAUGCAGCUGUGACCGGGUUCGUCACUCCAAGGGGCCCGGCCGCCCUGUGGACCCCUGCGACUGGGUCCCUCCGGCCAUGUGUUCCUGGCCCGCGCAGUAUUACCACUGGGGCCACAUGUUAAGGGGUCCAUUGGGUGGCCCAUGCUGUUCAUUUCCAGUGGGCCAGGUGCAGUGCUUUAACAGCACGACUGAGCCCCCUUUGAUGACAUCAGAGCGCAGGGAGGAAGUGACUGCCCCGGUUAUUUCCUUCCUUUAAUCACAGAACGCGCGUGGGAGGAGUACAGGAGGGAGUCAGAGUGGGCACUCUGACUCCCAUCAGCCUGAGCCACUCGACCCUUGGGAAAAUCACCCUCAUGCACCUAAAAGGUAGGAAACAGGAGGGUGACAUUUUAGCCUGUGUGUGUCUACAUCUAUGUGGGGGGGGGAGGGGGGCGGACAAAACCGUUGCCAAUCUUUCCAGGAGUGGACGUCCCAGCAAAUUCACCCCAUGGUCAAAAUGUGCAAUGCUCAGAACUUGCAACAAAAAAAGUUGCAUCACAGACUCUACAAGCCUCAGGUAAGGUGUUAAAUGUUAAAGUUCAUGAACAUACAAACAAGACUGAACAAGUGUAGUUGGUUUGGAAGGGUUGUCAGGAGAACCCUCUAAACCUCUCUAAAAAGAACAUUGUAGCACGACUUGGCUUUGCAAAUUUGCAUCUGAACAAACCACAAUACUUCUAGAACAAUGUCAUUUGAACAGAUUAAACCAAAGUGAUGUUUGGCCAUAAUGCACAGCGCCUUGUUUGCAUAAAAUCAAACACUGCAUAGCAACAGAAGCAGCUCAUUCCACCUGUCGAGCACGUUGGUGCAGGGGAGAUAUGUGCCUGUUUUGCAGUCACAGGACCUGGGAACCUUGCAGUUGAUUUGACCGGGAACUCCUCUGUAUACUGUACCCAAGUAUUCUAGAGUAAAAUGUGAGGCCAUCUGUCCAACAGCUAAAGAUUGGCCGAAAUUGGCUGCUGCAACAGCAGAAGAAUGAAUCUAAGCACACCAGCCAAUCUACAAGAGAAUGGCUGAAAAAGAAAAUAAUCAAGGUGUUACAAUGGACCUGUCAAAGUCCAGAUCUCAAUCCAAUUGAAAUGCUGUAGUGGAACCUUAAGAGAGCUGUGCGUAAACAAAUGUCUGCAGACCACAAUGAACUGAAGCAAUGUUGUAACGAAGUGGGCCAAAAUUUCUCCAAAGUCAUACAGAAAACGAUGACUUCAAGUUAUUGAUGCUAAAGAUUGUUCUACAAGCUAUUGAAUCAUUAGGUGUACUUAUUUUUUCCACACAUGGCUUCUCCAUUGAGGCUUUAUUUUUGUUAAAUCAUGACUUGGUGUAAAAUGUUAUGUAUUGUUCAUCAAAUUUAUAUAAUUUUAGUACCUGCUAAGGAACAGAUGAUUAUGUCACACAUUCUUUUCUCAUGACUGUAAAUAAAUGUUACAAAAAGAAAACUUAAAUUGUUAGUGUGUGUGGGUAUUUGAAAGCAUGGACAAUUGUUUGAAAGUUUUAUACAUACAUGUAUAUUUGUGUUUAUGUCUCAAUUGACUGUACAUGUUACUGAUCAUUUGAACCCGUCUAAGGUUCUCUUUGACGAAUACUUAUUUUGUGUCAACUCUGAAUGCAUGUUCUGACAUAAGCUCCUUUGCCAAGUACACCCCUUGCAGACAUGUAAUUUCCACGUCUUCUUAAUACCUUGCUAGUGCCAACUUUUUUUUUUUUUUUUUUUUAUAUACACAAACGCAUCAAAAACCAACUUGGAAAAAAUGAUGCAGGCAUUGAUGGUCUUGGGCUUGUAUUUGUGCAGCGCUGCCCCAGGAAGCACAUCUAUUAGUCAUCUAAGGAGUGGCAAUUGCAGGUAUCCAUGGGCUCAGGGGCGUAAGUAGAAACCACAGGGCCCCGGAGCGAAAAUUGGCCAGCCACACCCCCCCUCGCCACCCUCUUCCUAUAGGUCUAUCGUUCCCCUCCCAUACGUUACCCCCUCAAGCCACACAUGCAAACAACAGAUACGGACACUCACAUACCUUUCCCACUCUGACUCCCUCUCCUUCCUCCCGCAUGGCUCCCAUUGGUUGCUGGGAGGAAGUGACUGGGGCAGUCACUUUCUCCCAGCCUCUGCCAUCAUCAGAGGGUGGUGGUGCUGUUAAAGAGUUGACUGGGCCCCCUGGAAUUACAUAGCAUCAGAUGGCCCUAACAGCAUGUUGAGACACCUGACACGUGCAUAAUUUGACUCCUUCCUAUACAGUACAGAGAUACUUCUAAAAUACAUAGAGCGGAGUAUAAUACAGAGAUGCUCAUUCAAUAAAACAAGCUGGGCACAACCUGAAAUCUAUAAAAUACACAGAGCGUAGUACAGUACAGAGAUAACUAUACCACAAACAGAGCUGAGAAAAAUAGAGAUAUAAUACACAGAGCUUAGCACGAUACAAAUGUACCUAUACAAUACACAGAGCUGGGUUGAUUAUGGAUAUGCCCAUACAAAAGACAGAGCUGGGCACAGUAAGGAGAUAACAUAACUGUCUUACACAACCAGGGUCACUGUGAUGGCUUACACAGAGUUGCAAUACAGAGAUCAACAUAGUACAUGUCUCUGUAAAAUGCUGGAUCUCUCUCCUCUCUCUCCCCUCCCCUCCCACACAGGGUUAAAGCAGCAGGAUACGGCUAUAUUACUUAUUACCCUGCAGCUGGCAAUCUAAUUAAUCUGCAUUUGUAAUAUGAAGCUAACAAGUAGCUGACAUGGUUAACAGAAUCAACAAUCAUUACAGAUUAAAACAGAUUGAAAUCAGUAACAGCCCCUGCCCUGCUUUUUGAAGCCUCAUAAUGUUUCAAUUAGCCACAGGAUAAGUGUCUCUGGUCUCAGCUGUAGUGUGUAUGUGCAGUAGGGGUAAAUAUCCCUAUCAGUGACAGGCAGCACAGUGCUCUGUGUCAUAAACCCCCCCCCUUCCCUUGUCACCCCUAGGCUAUAUAUACAUAUAUAUUUUAUUUACUCAAAUUUAUUUACUCAAAUAAUAUAUAAAUUAUUUGAGUAAAUAAAUUUGUUUAUCCAGUCUACAGUUACUAGGGCUAUUGGGGGAGAGAAAAAGACAUUAUAAACUUUACAUUUGGCAGGGGCCAGGAGCUGCGGCUGCUGCUGUGCUUUAUUUCCACGAUGGCAUCUUGCUUCUCUCUCGUGUGUACAGUAACACCACCCUUUGGCGUUAUCAGCCAGUGAGAGGCCAAUAGCAUGCCUUCACUCAUGGGCAGCUGGCUCUGCUGCUUGAAUGGCAACUCAAUGACAAUUCCUGAAAUUUCUUCUAAAAGGACACUAGGCAUGUGCAAAACCUGCUGAAAUAGCAAAUUUUAAACCUGCUCCAAUUUUUUUUGUCUCAUGCAAGCCUCUUCUCCAAAUGGCGAACAAUGAGGGCCAUGCACAAUUGAAACCUGUUACAGACUAUUUUCUUUUUUUUCAUAUUUUUUUUUUUUUUUGAUUUACCAUCUUCCCCUCCAGAAAAAAAAUCUUCAUGUUAGUGCAUUAAAAAGCAAGCAGCCCAGACUUUUCCAGCACAAGCUCCCACGUCUAGAGUCUAAAAUCGGGGUGCCUAACUGGUCAACCCACACAUACGGACAGCUGCUACCACUUCAAAAAACCGGGAGAGGAAGCUGCACCGGAUGAUGCCCUUCACGGGGGUCAAAGACACAAGAAAAGCCCGUUUGAGGCUUGUGGCCUACACGCGACCGAGUCACAUGAAACUGCCUAUGCAACCUACUUAUCAAGCGAAGCAAUUAUUGUUUUAGCCUUAACGAGACAGUUGUACAGACCAACUUAACGUUCUAAGCCCUGACAUGAGCCGAAUAUAUAUCUAGCCUGCCCGAAGUCAUAUAAGGUUUGCGCAACUAACCCACUUAUAUCUUAAAAAUGUGCCUGUUAAACAAUUAUGAUGUUGAGCUCAAGGACUGCCGUUGGGGCACCACGAGCCUGUAUGUUUCACCUUGCAUGCACAAGAAAAAUAUAAAAAAAAUAAAAACAGGUGGCCCUUAUAGUUAAGCCUCCUCUUCCCAUAAGCAAUGCAUUGUAAAGCGCUGCAGAAUUUGUUGGCACUAUAUAAAUAAUAACAUAAUAAUUAUGUGUAUAGCAAAGCUGUAUGGGAGACAAUGCUCAAUAACCUACAAGGGGAUUGUGGCAUAAGUGGUGUAUCACCAAAGCGCCCUUCCAAUCAUCUGUUCAAGAAAGUGAUAGGAAACAUAUCUUGGCUUCAGAUAAUACACAGCCAGGUUCACCAUAUAGUGACGGUGUUUUAAUAUUUGCUGAGCCACAGAGCAGCAUGCACAGUCUGCUGCUUGGCUCAUCCUUCUGUGAAGAAAAAAAGCGCCUCUGCUUUCAGAUAAAAGUGCACAUUUAGACCGGUAUAUAUUCAUUCUAUCAGUGCUCGACAAAUCUCAUGUGCCUGAUCGCCAUGGCGACUAGAAAUUUUGUCCUGGUGUCUGGGUGUUUGUGAGCCUGCUUAGACCCCCGAGGUGACCAUCUCAGAGCUUAGGUGGCUGGCUGAAGGAGAGCACAGGUGGCGAGGGAGCUUUUAUCUUCUUUGCUCUGCUGCCUUGCGCGCCCUGCAGUGAUGCCGGGUGCUGGAAUAUGAUGUCAUAUCACCAAACAGCGUGCUAGAGAGCAGAGCAAGAAGAGCUUGAAGAUGAUCAAAGGAGCUCCCCGCGAGCUCUCCCAAUGGUAGGGAGGCUGAGUGGACUUAAUUUAAAAUCGCACAUAACAAUAAUUUUGAGUUUGUGAGAAAAUGUGUGUGGUGUUGCAGAAAGAGUGUGUCUAUCUGUCAGUGGGUGUGUCUGUUGGUGUGUGUCAAAUCAGUGGGGUUUUUUUGUGCAUUAGUGUCUGUCAGUGAGUUUGUCUGUUUAGGUGACUGGCCCACUCCAAUCACAUGGGAAAUGUGUUUUUACUCACCUUUUUCCCAAACUCUAACAGUUUCACACUGCAUCCAUGGCUGAGAUAAUCUAUCUUGAGGAUCACCGCCAAUCGCAUUAAGAGGCCACACUGCACAUUCAGCAUUUCCUCAUAGUGAUACAUUAAAACAAUGCAUUUCUGUGGGGAAUAUUCAGGGUUUCCAUGCCAAGCAUGGAGAUGCUGAACAUAGGUGCUGUACCUUUUGAGGUUAAACCAUUUGUGAACAUUUUACUCCCUGAACUGUUCUCUCCAGCAAUAUUGAGUCCUGCCCCAAUCCUUCCAUUUCUGACAUCCGGGACUCCGCAGAUUGGCUGAGGGCAUCAGCUGUAUACGCAAGUUUCACAAACGGUUUAACCACUUAAAUAAAACCUGGCACCAGGGACCUCUUGUCACUAUAACAACUUAAUUGUUUAGUAUACCCUACAUUUAGCAAAUAUGUGUUCUGAGAAAUCUAAAGAAGAAAAAUAAAAUAAGUGUAGAAAUCCGAAAUGCUGUAUCUAUCAUUCUACUGAGCCCAUUUAUUUUGACCCUAGAACAAUCCUCAUAAAUGUUGCUUUUUGGCAUUAAAUAUUAAAGAACCACGAAUGUCACCAAGAUCACUUCAUAUAUGCACAAUAACUGCUUUGUCUAAAUUAAGUGGCUGGAGUCUCCUAGUACUGUCCUAAUGCUAAACAAGAGUAUCCAGCAGUCUAUGCCCUGUGUGCUGCUUGGGAUAACAAAGGUGCAUGUAGUUUAAUGCUGAAUGUGGUGACCAUACCAGGCAAUUCCAAUCACUAUAACAAAAUAAAUGAGAUGCCUUCCGUGUCUCUUUUGAUCUGUGUUUUAUUUGACCAUUGCUUUUAGUCUAAUUUUUUCUUCUUCUCAUUUUUACACAGGAUGUAGACAUUGUGGUUGCUCCCUGCCGCUGCUCCCAGGCUGUGACUACAACUUUGGAUGAUUAUAUUGCCCUUGUACAAGCCAUUGUUGUUUAUGCAGUAAAUGAAGAGCUUCUAACUACACAGGAAGAGGAAGAGCUUUCUGAAAUAAAGGUGAAAUAUAAGCUUCCAGUUUUCUUUAUCCGAACAACUCCCUCCAAGGAUAAGAUAAUUGGAGGUACAGACACAGGGCGCUCUGCUCUACAUGAGCAACUGACUGAACUUGGGUAUCUGAAAAAGGGGGUAUGCAGCUGUGGGGCUGCUGGGUCAGGUAGCCCUGGCCCCAGCAUUCUAGUGGAACAGUUUGAAAAGUUUCGCCAGUUGAGCACAUUCUCACGGCAGGUUCUCCAGAUGCAUCUGGUGGAUGCAGCGAUGGUGCUUAAUAUGGUGCACAGCCGCUGCUUGGACUUGUUUAUCAAUAAGGCAUUUGACAUGAGGAGAGACCUACAAAUAACCCCAAAGCGAUUGGAGUAUACACGUCAGAAAGAGAGUGAACUAUAUGAGUCCCUGAUGCGAAUAUCUGAUCGUAAACAAGAGGAGCUGAAAGACAUGAUUGUGGAAACUCUAAACAGCAUGAGGGAACAACUCCUUGAUGAUGCCGCAAACAUGGAGUUCAGGGGUGAGUGUAUGGCCAUAGGCAUUUUGAUAUUGGCAAGGGCUUGAGGUUUCUAUUUUUUUUGUUUGGUUAUUUUUUUUUUCUUUUUGUCUUAUUAAAUACUUAUCCUUUGUUUUGUAAUUUUGCCACUAGAUAUCACCAUCCCACAGAAUGGAGAACCUAUUGGUGCACAGGAGGUAAAGUGCUGCAUUUUUCAGAUCAAAGAAUUGAUUAUCUCACGGCUCAACCAAGCCGUGGUCAAUAAGCUGAUUAGUUCAGUGGACUAUUUGCGGGAAAGCUUUGUGGGAACACUUGAAAGGUGUCUUCGUAGUCUGGAGAAAUCUCAGCAGGAGUCAGCCUCCGUAACCAGCAACCAUCUGAAGCAGGUAAGAAGACACUUUCACUAUAGCUUUUAUGGCAUAGGAUAUGACUUAAGCCAUUGGCUAAUUGCCGACACACAGAUUUAUCUUAUCGAGAAAUUUGACAGUUUGUCCAUCUUGCAGCUUUACAUAUUGUUUUCUGCUGUAGUUUAGUUUUUUUUUUUUUUACUAUUUAUAGACCAAAUGCUACCUUAUAUGUUGUAGUAUGAACACUACUGUUUAUAUUCUGCUCUCUGAAGUAUCCUUUUGGGGUUUGUUGUACAUUUUACAUUUUUGUAAGACUUUACCAAAUUUCAGUUAUAGUGUGUCUGGCUUUUGAGUGAUGGAUUGGCAUCUAAACAAAUAUCUGUCCUCUCUUCAGAUAUUAAAUGCUGCAUAUCAUGUGGAAGUCACUUUCAAUUCAGGUUCCACAGUUACCAGAAUGGUUUGGGAACAGAUUGUGCAGGUAAGGUUGAGAUACAAACCUGCUAAUGCUAACUUAGCUGCCUAAAUGCCCAUUUUUGCUAAUAGGACACCUGGUGCUUGUAGACUGAAGGGUGGGGGGAAGGGGUGGUAGCAGUGAUGGUGGUUAUAUGAUAUAAGUGGUUUAAUUGAUUAUAAAGUCUUAUGUACUGCUUGUAAAGAGUCCCCAAAAAAUUGUAUGUUACAAUUUUAUAUUUUUUCUACAGUAACUACAUGUUUGUUAACCUUAAACCCAGUUCUCCCACAACCGCUGCAAAUCACAUUUUCCUUAUCUCAUAAAUUUAGAUUAUCCAGCGCAUCACCUGGGUGAGCCCACCUGCGAUAACGCCAGAGUGGAAGCGCAGGGUGGCCCAAGAUGCCAUAGAGAGCCUAAGUGCUUCCAAGCUUGCCAAAAGCAUCUGCAGUCAAUUUUGUAAGCGACUCAAGAGUUCCCACGAGGCGUUUGCAGGUUCACUCAAGCAGGUACGAUUUGCUGAUUCUAAAAUGUUUAACAUGCAAAGGAUGAAUGUUGUAGGGUUUAAUGCAGACAAUAAAAUAUUGCCUAGCAUUAUUGUCUAGCACUAAAGUCUAACAGCUUGCUGUGUAGAGUGGUACAGACUUGUGGGUGACUCAAAUUAAUUUUUAAUUAGUAGCAAAAAUGUCAAGAAGUGCAGCAAAAGACACUGCCGAACACAUCCAAUCCCAUACACAUUGUUUUACAGGUAUUUUAAAGUACGUUUGUGAAAUUUUUACUAGGUAAUUAGAGCACAUAAAAAAUAUUUACAACAAAUAGAACGGUACAAAAAUAUCAAGCACCUAACUGAAUAUAUGGCAAAUACAGUAGAUUGGUGGUUUUUCUGAGUGCAAUGAGUCGCUUAAUGUGGAUAAUCUUGUUCCUGGCACUGUUUGGUUACUUCAUCCUAGAGUUAAGAUUAAAAAAAAACUAUUUAAAUACAUGUGCCUUUAGAAAAAAAAAAAAUCUUACAUUUUAAUACAAAGAAGAUAAAUGACAACAUUGCAUUUUACAAUUAAAAAAUGGGGGGGAGGUGGCAAAAAAUUUAAUGAAAUUAGCUGGGUGUGUUUUGCCUCUUGUUUUGGAGGGCAAAAAAAAUAAAAUAAACAAAAACCCAACCCUACUAAAGAAGCAUAUUGACUGUUGGCAAUUUGGAUUUUAAUUCUACUAUUUGCUUAGGAUGGCAAUAUAACUGGCUACCAUGAUGGUAAAUAAUAACCAAAAUAACUGGCUGCCAUGAUGGUAAAUAAUAACCAAAAUAACUGGCUACCAUGAUGGUAAAUAAUCUAAUAAAGGAUCAUAGCCGUUCAUGCAGUUAUAGAAUGUACCACUGACAGAACGUUUGUGGAGCUUUCUUUUAAUAUUAAUUUUCACUUUAAUACUAUUGUUUUUUUUCCCCUGUAUUAUAAGACAUGCUAUGGCUAAAUAUAAAUAUAUGGCUUGGUUUUUACCUCGAGCCAUUUCUCUUGGGAAGAUGGCCAAUGCAAGUCAUGAUCCCAGAAAGGUCUCUGACCAAUUCAUUUCUAUAAAGUCAUGUCAAUACUCUCCCGUUUAGAUCUCAUUCUGCAGAAAAAGAACCCCCAAAACCUCCUGUACAUAGAAUGGUAUAUUUCUCAUGAAAAUUCGAUAUAGUUUAAUUAUCCACUUUGUGUCUCUUCUAGUCUUAGCAGACCAUAUAAGUAAAAAUGCUUUCUUUGGUGACAGUCCCACUUUUAGUACUUUAGGCCACUUUUCAGAGCAAGUCACUUUUUAUAUGCAGUACAUUAUGAGUUUGCCUUUCAAUGUAAGUUGUGGCCUCUGCACAUGUUAAGAACUGACAUGACCUGUAGAAAUAUUGAGGCUUAGUUGUGGAGUGUGGGUUAUAGUGCUCAUUAUUUUGUGAUGCAAAGUACAUUUAACCAUAUUCCUUUUGAUUAAUUUACUCCCCUGCCCUUCCAUGUGUCUCAUUCGCCCAGCCCCUCCAUGCAUCUCAUUAGCCCCCCAUUUGACCUAUUAGCUCUCUCCCAGCCUUGUAUGUGGCUCAGUAGCCCCCCCCCCCCCAGGUGUCCCAUUAGCCUCUCGGCCCUCCAUGUGUCCCUAUACUCCAUCCCAUCCCUUCGUGUCCCUAUACCACCCCUCUAGACCUUCAUGUGUCCCUAGAGUCGCCCGGACCCAUGUGUCAGUAGAGCCCCCACGUGUCCCAUUAUAGCCCCCCUCUACAGCCCCCACGUGUCCCAUUAUAGCCCCCCUCUACAUCCCUCACGUGUCCCAUUAUAGCCCCUCUCUACAGCCCCCACGUGUCCCAUUAUAGCCCCCUCUUCAGCCUCCAUGUGUCCUUUAAUAUAGCUCUCUCUUCAGCCCCCACAUGUCCCAUUAUAGCCCCCUCUUCAGCCCCCACGUGUCCCUUAAUAUAGCUCUCCCAGUAGGCCUGUACCUUGCUGUAGCGUGACCGAGCAGGAAGACCGCGGUAGAGAAGUUUCUGUUCCCCUACCUGGUCUGACAGGAAGCAGUUAUGUGCUCUCUGUUACUGUUACUGUGUAAUUAUGCCAGCCCACCGGGAAAUUUCCUGGUAUCCCGGUGGACCAGUCCAGCCCUGCCCCAAGAACACCAUCCCCACCGUCAAACAUGGAGGUGGAAACAUUAUGCUUUGGGGGUGUUUUUCUGCUAAGGGGACAGGACAGCUGCAUCGUAUCAAAGGGAUGAUGGACGUGCCAUGUACAGUCAAAUCUUGGGUGCGAACCUCCUUCCCUCAGCCAGGACAUUGAAAAUGGGUUGUGGAUGGGUAUUCCAGCAUGACAAUGACCCAAAACACACAGCCAAGGCAACAAAGGAAUGGCUCAGGAAGAAGCACAUUAAGGUCCUGGAGUGGCCUAGCAAGUCUCCAGACCUUAAUCCCAUAGAAAACUUGUGGAGGGAGCUGAAGGUUCGAGUUGCCAAACAUCAGCCUCGAAACCUUAAUGACUUGGAGAGGAUCUGCAAAGAGGAGUGGGACAAAAUCCCUCCUGAGAUGUGUGCAAACCUGGUGGCCAACUACAAGAAACAUCUGACCUCUGAUUGCCAACAAGGGUUUUGCCACCAAGUACUAAGUCGAAGGGGUCAAAUACUUAUUUCACUCGUUGACAUGCAAAUCAAUUUAUAACUUUUUUUCGACAUGCGUUUUUCUAGAUUUUUUGUUUUGUUCUGUCUCUCACUGUUAAUACACCUACCAUUAAAUUUAUAGACUGAUAAUUUCUUUGUCAGUGGGCAAACGCUCAAAAUCAGCAGGGGAUCAAAUACUUUCCCCCUCACUGUAAAUAGGGCCCUGAAAUAAGGCACCAGGGAGGGGUGCUGGGAGUCUGGAUUUAUAGUUAUGAAACCAUGAAGUUUCUAUAUCUGAUUUUAAAUUAGAAUGACAGCCCCCUCUUUGUGCCAAAACAUACAUUUAGAAACAUCCAUCAUAUUCUGCAAUGCAUUCUAUAAUGCUUGUAACUUUCAGUUUACAUUAACACUAUACUUAUAUUAGUUUUUUUUUUUAAUUUUUUUUUUGUCUUUUGUAGCUGGAAGUUGGUCACUGUGGCAGACUUGAAAAAACAGAAGAUCUGUGGCUUAAAGUUCGUAAAGAUCAUGCUCCACGUUUAGCACGUCUGUCUUUGGAGAGCCGUUCCCUGCAGGAUAUGUUGUUACAUGGUAAGUAGUAACAGCAAAUACUUCAAAGGCUAAUGGAUGAGGGGGAUAUAGGAAGGGACUUGGGAGACCUUUUUGUUUUUCUCAUAUGCUAUUAAAGGGGAGGGGGGGGGAGAUUUUGUUUUGUGUUAUGAGUUAUAACUGAAUAUUCCCAUCUAUGCAUACAUUAAGGUUUGUGUUCAUGUAUUCUGCUCUUGCAUGUGAAAAGCUGAAAUUAAGGCUUCCAUUAAUUAUAGAACUGAAGCCCACUUGGCAUGUUUUAGACAGGUGGCUACUAUUGAUUUCUGUGGUCAAGCAGUCCAUGUGUUUGUUUUUAACCAUGCAGUUCUUAAAUUAUGCAGGCAUUAUGCACAUGUACAGUCAUUGUUUUUUUAUUCUGAAUCUCACAAUGCGUAGCUAAACUUUAAAUCUCAAGUGUGAUCUUCCGUUCGCAGAUAUUCUUCAUUUUAAAAUGCAUGUUAAGUUUUUGCAGUGUCAUACGUUAGCCAUGAAACAGUUUGGUGGAGCAAGAGAGUUUUAGUUAUUUACACCAGGGCCGGACUGGGAAAAAAAUUCGGCCCGGGCAUUUUUUUAUCACAGCGGCCCACUAAGAAGGUGGCGGGGCAGAAAGGGUGUGUUUUGUCAUCACUCAUGACAAACACGCCCCCUCUCAAAGUGAGCAUGUUGGUUCAAUGCUCUUCCAGGGCAGACCAUGCGCAGAGCUCUGCUGAAGAACUCUAGCAUGAGAAAAAAAGCCCUGUAUUUGUUCUGCACAGUGCAAGCAAAUUUAAUAACAUGAUUGCACUGUGUUUCCUUGCAACUUGUCUCUGGUGUCUCGAUAAAUGGAUACCAGGAGACAAAAGGGCCAGGAAAGAGUAUUGUGCAUGUGUUUGGAGGCUGCUUGUGGUAUUGCGUGUGUGCAGAGUGAGCUGGUCGUGGUGUGGUAUUUAGUCGUGUUUGUGGUGUAAUGUAAUGCAUAUGUGGCUAGGGGCUGUAGAUAAUGUGUGUGUGUAUAGGGGAUGUAGCAAGUGUGUGCAUCCGUUAUAUACGCACGCUCACUAGAUCUCCUAUACAUAGUCAGGCUAUAGUGUGUGUGUGUGUGUGUGUGUGUGUGUAUAUAGGUGAUGUAGUGUUUGUAGAGAGUGUGUUCAAGGAAUGUAGUAUGUGUUUGCUUACAAGGAAUCUAGUGUGCGUAUAGGGGAUCCAGAGAGUGUGUGUGUGUAUAUGUAUGUGUGUAUAUAUAUCUCCGUAUCUCCAUCCGUAUCUCCAUCCGUAUCUCCAUCCGUAUCUCCAUCCGUAUCUCCAUCCGUAUCUCCAUCCUUAUCUCCAUCCUUAUCUCCAUCCUUAUCUGGACCCAGACUAUGUAUAGGAGAUCUAGUGUGUGUAUGUGUGUAGAUGAUCCAGAGUUGGGUAAAGGAUCUAGUGUGUGUAUGUGUGUAGAUGAUCCAGAGUUGGGUAAAGGAUCUAGUGUGUGUAGAUGAUCCAGAGUUGGGUAAAGGAUCUUGUGUGUGUAGAUGAUCCAGAGUUGGGUAAAGGAUCUAGUGUGUGUAGAUGAUCCAGAGUUGGGUAAAGGAUCUUGUGUGUGUAGAUGAUCCAGAGUUGGGUAAAGGAUCUAGUGUGUGUCUGGAAUGUAAUGUGUUUAGGGGUGAUGUGUGUGUGUGUGUGUGUGUGUGUGUAUGUGUGUAUAUAUAUAUAUAUAUAUAUAUAUAUAUAUAUGUAUAUGUAUAUGUAUAUGUAUGUGUAUAUGUAUGUGUAUAUAUGUAUAUAUGUUUGGAAGUAUUGUGUAUGUGUGUGAUGCAGUGUAUCGGGGGGUUGUGUGUGUGAGGGUGCUGUAUGUGAUUGAUUUGUAUGAGGGUGCUGUGUAUGAUGUGUGAGAGUGCUGAGUGCUGUGUGUGAGAGUGUCGUGUGUGUGAUGUGUGUGAGUGCUGUUUAUAAAUGUUGUGUGUUGGGGUAAAUAAACAAAUACAAAAUUUAAGUGGUGUUAAAUAUACAAAUAAAAUAAAAAAACUAUGGGGGGGUAAAUAAACAAUAAAAAAAAAUUUAAAAAAACAAGCAGGCAUUAAAUCCCCCCCCUCCCUCCUUACCUUUAGCCUGGGAGGGGGGGACAGGCACGUGGUGUCUGGGAGGGGAGGGACCGGCACUCGCACGCCAUCCCUGGUGGUCCAGUGGUGAGUGAACUCUAGCCUGAGGCCUGAUUUACACAUACAAAAACAAGCAAUACAGUGCUGAGAAUUUUCAUUUUCACUUUUCUUUUCCAUCACCUAUCCUAGCUUUUGAGUUUGUAGUAAAGAUGGGGCAGCAUUACGGGUUUCUCUUAAAGAGAUUAAUCAUAGACAAAUAUCUGGUUCUGGUCCAUAAGUCUCCUAUCUGAGCAACACUUGCUCAGUUGUGUUUAACAUGAAUUCCAGAGCUGACAGGCUUUGCUGCAGUCACGAAGUUUGUCAUACAAAGACCCUAUGGGACAGUAUGGAUGCAAAUGAGGGAGGCAGCGAAAUACAGUCUCACAUGUUUCUCUAAGAGCCGGCUAACUACACUUCUUUUUGUGUAACCAAAUCAUUGUUAACCUUUUUGGUCAACUUUUUUUGUUGCAUUUGUAAUCUUCUAUAUAGCUCAGUGCUGAGACCAUACCAUGGCAUCAAUGUUAAUUUUGUCAACUAAUCAUUUUAAAACUAGACUAAAACUAAAACCAUUCAGAUGACUAGGAUUACAAUUAAAUAAAAAAUUGCUACCAAAAUACACACUGUAUUGCAUGGUAUAAGCACUUAAAGCAUCCACAUACUUAAGAUAUUUUUUUUUAAUUGACAAGACCUGACGAACUUCACUUGUAGUUCAAUACCACCAUGGAUCCAAAUGGAAAGGUUAUUGCAUCCAUAUAGUUUGUGGCACCCCCUCGGAUGCCUGUAAUGUUGAGGAAAAAUAAGCAUGUUUUAGUAUUUUGUAAUGGAUUCACCAAGUACACUUCUUUCUUUUCUAAUUGCAGGUAAACCUAGGCUUGGGCGGGAGUUAGGAAGAGGACAGUAUGGAGUAGUAUAUCUGGGUGAAAGCUGGGGAGGGCACUACCCAUGUGCUCUGAAAUCUGUGGUUCCCCCAGAUGAAAAGCACUGGAACGAUCUGGCGUUGGAAUUUCACUACAUGAGGUAAACAUGAAUUUUGCAUUAUGAUGGAUUAGUACAUACAAAAAAUGUUAAGAGUCCAUAUAUUUCAGAAGUCUCGGGAUACAUAGAAAAUUACUUUUUGAAAAAGUGACCAUAUUUGGAUAAAGGCUGCUACCAACGUACUUGCUUGUAACAAGUUGCAAUAGUAGUCUAUAUCUGUAUUGUGUGAUGAAAGGCUGCUUGCUCGCAGUAGACUAGUUAUAAGGCGAAUUAGAAAAGUGGGAUGGUGGGAGGAGGUAUUGUCUCAACUGCACUGAAAAGAAAUGUCGACUCUAGUAGCACUGCUUUCUCUAGUGCAGGGGAAGGUAAUCUCCCACACUCCAGAUGUUGUGGAUUACAUCUCCCCUCAUGCUUUGUCAGCAUUAUGGGAGAUGUGGUCCAUAAAAUCUGUAGUGCCAAAUGUUGCCUUGCACUGCACUAGGACAAUGGAAACCCAUUUGGUACUGGUAGGUGUCUAAUGGCUGUGUUUUUGCAGGGUUUAUUUCGCUGAUAAUGUAUUUGCAAAAUGAUUCACUAAUAAUUUUCCAGUUAAACAAUGUAUUGCAAAUAGAAUGCCAAGUACAUUAUAUGGCUAGAACCUUACAAAAAAAUAGCUAAGCAGUGAGAUUUCUCCAUCCCCCCAUAAGACUUUUCUGCAUGUAGGACAAGUUAUGUGAUUGCAAGUGUUGCCUAUUUUCAUCACAGAUUAUUUGGAAUCCCCCUUCUACUUGUCUGUCUUGUGAAACCGGUUUAGGUGUUGUUUUUUGUUUGUUUGAAUGCCAUGUUUGGGAAUUUCACUGUGGAGUUUUCAUUUCAAACAGAUCUACGUACAGGUGUGGUAUUUCAGUUUUCACAAAUGCCAUAUUCAGAAAUAGAUUUACUGGACCCCUGUCACAAAGGAGUUUUGGGGAAACUGUAACUUAACAGGAUGUUUUAUAUUGUGUUUAUUUACUCCUAUUUAGCAAAUAUGUAUUUGUUAGGUGUGCAGAAAUAAAAUGUAGAACUUAACUACUUUUAUAUCUUGCAACUGGGUGCCUUCAUCUUAGUUCUCGCUCAUUGUAAUAAACUCUGUCCUUUUCAUCUGGCGUUCAGCAUGAAGAAAACAUUCAGUGUAGAGGAGUAAUUAACCCUUUAAGGACACAUGACGUGUGACAUGUCAUGAUUCUCUUUAAUUCCAGAAGUUUGGUCCUUAAGGGGUUAAACAAGGUUUCUAUUUCUCCUCAUUGGAAGUAUGUGCCCUGGCUUUGCAUUGAUGUGAUUUGAAUUGAAAUGACAUGUAACUUGAUCAGUUAUCUUUUAAAUUUACAUUAGAUUUUGCAUCUCAUGAAAAAAGUGAAUACAAAUUAUAGGAGAUUUUCAAUGUCCAGAUGGCCUAUAUUGCGUGCCCCCGUAUUUUUUUGUAUUUUCUUUUUCCCAGUUUUCUUUAUUUUACAUUUAUUUUCUUUUAUUACACCAUUUUUAAAAUGCAACUGUCUGAUUUUUGUUACUCUUGUCUUGCUCUUUCUAGAUCUCUGCCGAAACAUGAGCGUCUUGUAGAUUUGCAUGGUUCUGUGAUUGACUACAGUUAUGGAGGGGGGUCUAGCAUUGCGGUCUUGCUAAUUACAGAACGUCUGCAUAGAGAUCUCUAUGCAGGGCUCAAGGUGAGUUCUCUUGAUGAAAGAUUGAUGGCUCAGUCCUGAAAAGCCAUGGGUAUGAUUUGGUCACCCUUUUUAGCAUGAACACUGAGAGAGAAAUAACACCUCCACUCACAUAAUUUAUGAGUACCACUUUAAUGCACCAUAUUUUAAGCUAAUAUUGCUGUGUAUUUGUAUUUAUUAUUUAUAUUUGUUAAUGCAGUGGGGUCUAGUUUAAUGCUGUAAGUUUGGGGUUAAUUUUGUGGUUGCAGGGUAAUAUAGAAGUUGUGUGGUUUAUUAAUCUAGAUUAAUAUGAUUUGUUUCAAAAAUGUAGUGUCAUGUGAUUCAUAGAAGAUGUUAAGGGUAGUGGUUGGGCAUAGGAUCAGGGGUGGAACGAAAUGUGGUUGAGCCGCCCCAGGAAGCUAAGGAUUGGAGGGCCCGUCGUAUGGAUCUCCAGUUAAGGCCACUGAUGAGUAUUUCUAAUUAUUUAAAGUCAGAUUAGCCAAACUGAAGACAUAACUGAUGUAGAUAUUUUUAUAGUUGUUAUAUUCACCUUAAAGGGACACAUCAGUUGUUCAACAGUAUGUCUAUACCAUCUCCCUGCAGCCUUUUUGGUGUAAACUCUGCGUUUUCCGAGAAAAGUCAAUAUUUACAUUGCUUCCUAAGGACACCUCCAGUGACCACUCUUUAGAUGGCAAUUGGAGGUGUUUCCUGGGGCAGUGCUGCACAGUGCCCAGCACUUACGUUCUGCGUCUCCUGCAUAAAUGUCAGUGUUUGUCCCAGCCCCGCCUCCUUGACGAUCUCCGCCAAUCUAAUGCUUUUCCUAUGGGAAAUGCUAAAGAUGUUAGCCAAGGAGUCAGAUCGGGGCCAGCGUGGCACUGGAAAUAAGGUAAGUUUUCUUAACUUUUUAAGGGGGGCUGCAAGCCAUCUAAAUUAUGCUUUUAACACUGUAGGGUCAGGAAUACAUUUGCGUUCCUUUAAAUUUAAAAUUCACUUCGAAUUUUUACUUUAGUGAAUAAUCCUGACAAUAACCCGUUUUUUGCUGCAGGCAAAGGCUACCAUGAAAUUACUCCUGUAUGCCCUAUGUCUAGUCACAUGACCAUAAUUUUUAUGGUGUAAAAUAAUUAAAUUUUCUAUGUCCCCAUUAAAGAUAAAAAGGAUCCAUAAAGUAAGCACUGUCCCCUCUAAUUGUGUUAGUUACUAUAUUCAAUUAUAAGUUUGUAGCAUGAUAAAUUGAUUGCUGCAUACUGGUGUGCAUUGUUUGCACUCACUCGAAGUUCAUUCUUUGUACAUUUCCUUGUGACAAAGGUGGACUUGAUCACUAAGUGAAAAUAGCCAGAGGUGAUCUUAGAUUUGUAUUUUACCACUCUCACUUUCUUGAGCUUCAUAGUAGUAAUCAAUUUGAUCCCUUGUCCAUUAAGGAUAGAUCACGUUUAAACUUGUCAUGGAGUACAACAAAUUGAUCCUCCCCAUAGCACUCUACAUUAGUUGGAAUGACCCCACUGGAUCCCCCAGCUUGCAUCUACAUACAUACGCCAAAUACGUUAACCAAAGCAAAUAACUUGUAACUUUCAAAAACAAAGCCAUCCUUUGCUAAAGAGGUGCCCUUGGCAAGGAAAAUGUCUAGCAUUGUCCCCAGUUCUUCAUAUAAACCAAUUUAAACAACCAGAUGUAUGCACACAUGUAACUUGCCACAUAUCCCAACCUAAUUCAUAACAUGCUAACACACCCAUAAACACACAUUAACAUGCAUACAGACAUUUGUAGUGGUUAUGAUGCCAGGAGUACCCUUGUCUGUGGUCUGGCACCGAGGAUCUGCUAUGGCCGUUGACAUGCUACGGUGCACCAUAGGUGUGAGAUCUGCAAUAGAGCAGCUCUUAUUCUUGCAUCCUGAGUGAGCUGGAGUCAUCUUCGAUGGUUCCCACAUUUGAAGUGCCAUGAACGCAAAGCGCUCAGGGCCGAAAACCUGCCUACUUCCCCCAAACACUUCUAAAAGAUGUAUUCCUUUAACCCCUUUAGGACCAAACUUCUGGAAUAAAAUGGAAUCAUGACAUGUCACACAUGUCAUGUGUCCUUAAGCGGUUAAGCUGGUAUGGGUUGUUCAAAACGUAUUUUUUAGAACAAUUUGACUUCUUACCUGGGAACCACUGGACUUCGUACCCCGCCUCCUCUACAGCUCCAUGAGAGGCAGAGAUCUUGCUCAGGAGCCUUUGUUAGCUAUCCUGAGAGAAACUUUGCAGUGUAGGGCUAGAGCGUUGGCUGAGAGUGUUAGCUGAUCAUAGCUUGGUGGAGAGAGCUUUUAGUUUUCACUGAACAGCAAUGGAGGGGGGCAGGGGCAUCUGAUUUUACUACUUACAGUGGGAAUGGGGGACAGGGUAUGCGUGGCACCAAAACUACUACAGCUCGCUAGCACUACAACUCACCGUACUGGUUAUGGUACCUGGAGUGUUCCUUAAUAAUACCAUUCUAGUCAGUGAAAAGCAGCCUGUCAGACACCGGUAAAAACAUUUUGACAUGGGUGUCAGAGAGAAAGCGAUAGAGGGUGACUGCAACUCUGGGGGUUCGGAAACUUGAUUUAAAGGGGCAGCGAGGAAGGACAUGCAUGUGGAGAGGAACAUAUAGGGAGUGCAUGCAUGGUUGUAAAUGCUUUUAGAAUUGGAUCUCCACCUGCCCUGCUAUUUUUGUUCCGAACUUUGAUAUAUCUUUUAUAUAUAUAUAACGAUGACAAUGUUCAUUUCCUUAAAACACUUGGCUUUCUUGAUAUUAUUGACUUCAUUGUUAAGAUGCCACAACACAAAUAAAGAAUUUAAAAAAAUAAAAUAUUUUUUUUUUGACAUUUAGAAUGGAAUGUGCAUUACCUAUUUGUUAAGGAUUGGCUGCUGACCUAUUUUGAAAUUAUAUCUUUUGUGCAUCACAAGGUAUUUUAAGAACCAGUUUCAUUAGAACAUAUUGCUGUAUUGUACAGAUGCAAGGCACAUACAAUAUCAAUUUAAUUGCUCUUCUGUGAUCACUGUCAUGCCAAAGGAUGAGUUGGCAUUUGAUUAUAUGUUAGGAGUUGUUUUUCUACGUGUUGGGAUAACAUUUAUUGUAGGCUUUGAUCCAACGCCAGGCCUAAGCCAAAAUAUGUAAUGACUAGAUAACGAUCACCAGAGCUAGACAUAGGGUGUCAUACCUAGUGUUGGUGCCUAUGCUUUGACUUUGGGUCAUUCAAAGGACAACAUAAUUUUAAGAAAAUAUGGAGUGGACAAUAAAUUGCCAGGCCAAACCCCUCUGAUACACCCAGGGGUCUGCCCACUGAGAAACAACUAGUUUGAGAUAUAUAUAUAAUGAUGUUGGACUAUCCAGGGAGAGAUUUCUUUUUAACAACUACAUGGAGAACUUCAACAUCUGAAUAUCCCACAAGAAUUAUAUAUCAUAUCUAGAUCUCCGCUUACGGGCAGGGCCCUCUCUACCUUUUGUAUUUGUCUGUGUAUAUUGUAUCUUCUCCACUAAUUGUACUAAUUGUGUGUGGGGUAACCUAAGAUGCCCGGAUAUAAAGUCUUGGUGGUGGCAGUAAAGUGUGUACAAGGGAUUGUAGGAGUUAAUAUUGUAAUUGCUGGGACUUGCAACAUGUAAUCAGGGGUCUGGUGUCAUUAACCCUUUCACUUCCACACUCUCCCCACUGUCUCGGCUGGGCCAAUUGCCCACGCUCGUGACAACAAUAUAAUUAAUGAAUGCACAUGUUUAGAUGCCAUGGGAAUAACCAUCCCCAUCCUCUCACAUGUUUAGCUUUGCAGAGGAUUUUAAAGACAUUUUGUUAAAGCUUUUAGACAGACUUAAAAAGGAAUGCAGCUAUCCGCUCAUUGAGGUUGGUUAAACAGAAAGGUCACAAGAUAAAUGUGUUGUGGCAUACCCUAUACCAGUUAUCCUUAUAUUUUAUCUAGUUAUGCAAUAAAAACACUUAACAUAGUCUCUUGAAACAAUGAAAUUACUUCUAGAUAAUUGUUUUAAUAUUGCCUCUUAUUUUCUAUUUAUUUAUGAAUAUGUGAAGAGAUUUCCCUUCCGGCAAAUUUAUCCUAGCACAGAGUUCUCUAUUGUGUGUUACAAUAAACAGACUGUGUGUGUGAAUGGAAAUGUGUCUAAUGCAGUGGACUGACUCUAUUUUAACGGGUAUGUUAAGGCACAGGGAUUUUUAAAAACAUUUUUAAGUAUAUGACCAGCCAUUCUGAAAUGCGGCCACCAUAAUGUACCCUUUACACUUGGAGAUUACAUUGUGUGUAAUGUCGUGGUGACCAUAACAUUGAUUGUGGUUGCAUUUAAAAAAUAAAAACAUCUUUUAAAUCCCACAGACAUUCAUCUUGACUGUUUUAAAUAUGGCUUUCUACUCUGAAGAUUGCUGUGAAUUACCUUGUCUGGGGAAAAUGGGGACUUAUUUAAUGUAAGAACACACACCUUGUGUGCAGAGGAGGAAGUAUUAUGAGCUGCACUCUCUCAAUGAGGAUUUGCCUUAUAGCUGCAUUGAGUUUUACAGAUGACUGCUGUACUGUGUGAAACUGCAACAGCAGGCAAGUUAGGUUGAGUCAGAUAGCCGUAGAGUCUAACACAACAUGGCUGCUGGGCCAGAUGCUAAUAACCUUUAAAAAAAAAAAUUAGAUUUUUAUUUUAAGGUCAAAUUGGGAAACUUCAAAAACUCCCCAGUCUUCUAUGCUUCCAAUGCGACUACUUUGGCCUUUGAAUUCCUGACAGUGCCCACUUUCUUGAAUCCGACUGAGAAGGAAAUGUAAUUGUUGCAAUAUAUAUGUUAACUCAUUCUGUUAAACAUACAUUGUAGAUACUAUUACUGUUUCAUCUUAUUGAAGUGGUUAUGUCUGUAGUCCCCUGGUCCUUUUCUUAUAGCAUUAAAACUUGUAGAAUGGAAGUCCCAGACGUCCAUCCCCUUGUGUGCUGCUUUGCUGCACAGGCUAAUGCUUCCUCGUUAGCAAAUAUGUUGCUGUGAUUGACGGAGUGUCUGCUGAUGGCUUGCAGCCUAUCACAAUGCCUGUUCCUGGUAUGGAUAGAAGAAAGUGCAUAAUCAAUGCCAAACUCCUAUCUCCAGUGUGGCACUAUUUAGUGUGAAACUACUCAAAAAAGGAUUUUACACCGAUUGGAGAGACAAUACAUGGGGACUUCAGUCCCAAUAAUAAAAAGGAGAUAAUACGAAUAUAGGCCUGUUGGAUAAACUUAGCAAAUGAUUUAAAAAAAUUUCAUAAUAUCAAAACAAUGUAACUUCUAUUAAAAAAAUCAGUCUAUCAAAAUAUUAGAAAAUUUAAAUAUUAAUAUUAAAUAAUUAUAAAAGCUUAGCAAAAACAAAUUUUAAAAGCUUAUCCAACAAUCAAAAGCAUAGAGCUUAUGGUACGUUUUUUUAAGACAAAUGCCAAUAUUUUGCUGUAUGAAUUUGUUCCUAUUCAAUUCCCUUUGCAUGUUUUGCAGGAUGCUUUUAAAGGGUUAUAUGAGUUGGUAUUUUUAGGGUUAGUAUAGCUUGUCUUCUGUGAACUUUCAAAAAUCAUCCCCUAAUAUUGUAUUGUCUGCCUUCAUCUGCUACAGAUUUGAUUUUUAUUUAUUUUUUUAUACAUUGUAAGCAUGUAAAUUAUAGUUCCAAUGCUUUCAUAAGUGCAUUCUGGUGAAGGAGUUGACCAUAAAGGGUCUUAAUGCACCAUGACCACAUCAGUGAUUUAAAGUGGUCAUGGUGCCUAGAGUUUUUGUAUGUGCAGCAUUUUGAUAUGAAACUCUGCACGUACAAAGGUGAAUCAUUCUGCUGCCGACGAUGUAACCCGUCCUCUGGAAGAUGCAUUGGGAGUCAGUAGCCAGGGCCUCCAUAACAUGCCUGUCCUUCCCUCAAUCUGUUCUCCCUGACAUCUCAACCCCUCUGGCGAGGCAGUUAGUAAUUCAAGGAGGCUCCGAGGAGAACCUUGGCAUUGGGAAAGAGGUAAGUUUAAGAUUUGUACAGCCUCAUCAUAUAAAUCUGUCAUAUGUCCAUGAAUCUGAAAACCAUGAAUGUGUAUUUUAGAACAGUGUUUCCUUUUUAAUAUAGGUUUUGUUUGUCGUUUAAGCAGUAUUGUGCUAUCCCUUUAACAGUUGAACAGUACCUCUUUCUUUCCACAGACUGGGCUAGAUUUGGAGACACGGCUGCAGAUAGCACUGGAUGUGGUAGAAGGGAUCCGCUUCUUGCAUAGUCAGGGAUUGGUUCACAGAGACAUCAAAUUAAAGAAUGUUUUGGUAAGCUACAGUUAUUGUAAAUGUACAGUUGUUCACCUUGGUAUUUUUCUUUCAUAGCUGGAUCAAUUGAUAAACCUAAACGCUGCCCGUAAGAAGUAUUUUUUUAAUUUUAUUUCUAUUUAAAUAAAGAUUUCAAGAUUAUCCUUUAAAUUCUUGAUGAUGUGCAGUCCUUAGAAAACUGGUUUGACGUAUUCAUUACUUUUUAAUUUAAAACCGAAAGCAAUUGAUGAUUGCCUUCGUUUAACGUUUUUUUCCAAUAUAUUUUACAUUUUUAAACCCCUUAAAGACCAAAGUUCUCUUUUGGAUGCCAUGUGGAUGUGAUCAAGGCCUUUUUGGUAAUUUUGCCAUGCAUUCAUUCUUUCACAGUUUUUCUUUUUCUGUUCACCAGUAUGUAUUGCAUAUUUUUUUUCCAUAACACAACUCCGAGUCACUGCGGCCCAUAGCUGUGGCACAGCUUUGGGGAUUUUUAGGAGCAGCACUCACUUUGACUCCUUCCAAUGAGCUGUGAGCUGUAUCAGUUAUGGUUCUUUGAGUGUUCCUUCUAAACACUCAAUAAUAAAAUGUGUUUGGAAUAUGUAUUGUUUAAGGGACACUCUAGGCACCCAGACCACUUCAGCUUAAUGAAGUGGUCUGGGUGCCAGGUCCAGCUAGGGUUAACCCAUUUUUUAAUAAACCUAGCAGUUUCAGAGAAACUGCUAUGUUUAUUAAUGGGUUAAGCCUUCCCCCUAAUUCUCUAGUGGCUGUCUCAUUGACAGCCACUAGAGGCGCUUGCGUGCUUCUCACUGUGAUUUUCACAGUGAGAGCACGCAGGCGUCCGUAGGAAAGCAUUAUGAAUGCUUUCGUAUGUGACCGGCUGAAUGCGCGCGCAGCUCUUGCCGCGCGUGCGCAUUCAGCCGACGGGGCGGAACGAAGGAGGAGAGCUCUCCGCCCAGCGCUGGAAAAAGGUAAGUUUAAACCCCUUUCCUCCUUCCAGAGCCGGGCGGGAGUGGGACCCUGAGGGUGGGGGCACCCUCAGGGCACUAUAGUGCCAGGAAAAUGAGUAUGUUUUCCUGGCACUAUAGUGGUCCUUUUAGUUUAAAUUGUACACGAUUAUGGUUACUAAUAUACUGUUAAGAAAAUUAUUUGAUUGGGUUAUUUUGCAGCUGGACAAAAAAAACAGAGCAAAGAUCACUGAUUUGGGGUUCUGCAAACCUGAGGCCAUGAUGUCUGGCAGCAUCGUGGGGACUCCUAUACAUAUGGCACCAGAACUCUUUUCAGGUAGGGAAAUUAAGAGAAUCUGAUCAGGGCGGUUGCUUAGCUACCAUGAAGUGAACUCCCUUACUUGAAAGACAUGCUCCUUUGUGUACUUGUUUCUUAUCAAUAGUAUUUAAAGAACAAUUAUAAUAAUAAAUCCAAAUAUUCAAGUCAUUGUUAAACUUCCUUCAUAUUUAACAUUUAUCAUAAUUGAGCUUCAUAAUUUUGAUAUGAAAAAAUAUUAAAAUGUGUUUAAUUUACAUUUCUAGGAAAGUAUGAUAACUCUGUAGAUGUAUAUGCCUUUGGCAUUCUGUUUUGGUACAUAUGCUCUGGAUCCAUCAAACUCCCUGAAGCCUUCGAACGAUGUUCUAGCAAAGACCACCUUUGGAACAAUGUUAGAAAAGGCAAGUUCUUUGUAAAUAUGCGUAAUAUUACUUGACUUGAAGGGACACUACAGGCACCCAGACCACUUGUUCUUAUUGAAGUGGUCUGGGUGAAGUGUCCAUGUUUUGUGUUUUUUUUGUUUUUUUAUAGAGAAACUUAUAUUUUUACUUUGCAGGGUAAAGGCAGCCUGUAGUGGAGGUCCCCUAGAUCGCCACUAGAGGCGAUUCUUGCUUUUUUUAAAUUCAGGGAAACAACGCUGGAUAUCCUCACGCUUUGCAUGAGGAUGUCCAGUGCCUUGCAAAACCCCAUAGAAAGUAUUGAGUCAAAGGCUGACGUUGGAGAUGGAUAGGGAUCUCGAUACUGGAAAUGGGUAAAUGUUAAAAGAAAUAAAUGUUUAAACACUGCCAUGGAUGGCUGUAGGGGCCUCAGAGGAAGAGAGACACUAUAGUGUUAGGAAUACAGUUUUGUAUUCCUAACACUAUAGUGUUCCUUAAAUAAGUAUAGGCACUGUGUAGUAGUAUUGAAGCUUUCAUUAACACUGCUAAUUGUGUGGACUAUGUCUCUACAGUAUUAUGAGUGGUUUCUCAUGUGCAUUUUUCACUACCAUCCCCUAAUGUUGUAUGGUCUGCCAUCAUGUGCUAAAGAUCCCAAAUACAGUCCCAUUGCUUCCACAAGUAUAUAGUGUAGGAGCUUUCCUUCAAUAGUUAUUCCAACAAAGUGAUUUAAAAUGGUGAUUGUGCCUGGACUUUGUAUUUGCAAUAUUUCACUAUGAAAAGCUGCAUGUAAUGAGUUUAACCUCUCUGCUGCCAGAGGUGUAACUCCACUUCUGGCAGCAUCUUUGAGCUUUCAUCAGCCAGCUUGGAAGUAGUGUUCUGGGCUGGCUAAUGUCAAUUCUGUGCAACUUUCAUUGGCUAACGCUCUCAGCCAAUGAAUGAUGACUUCUGCAACGCAACUUUGCAAAGGUCUGAAGUGUUUCACCGGACGACCAGGGAACAUCUGAAUGUGUCGGGGCUUUGCAACGGUUUGCCCCAUUACCAGGGAACUAAGCCAGGCUGUAGUGCUUAAAGGGACUCUCCAGUGCCAGGAAAACAAACAGUUUUCCUGGCACUGCAGGUCCUCUCCCUUCCACCCCUCCAUCCCAGGUUGCUGAAGGGGUUAAAACCCCUUCAGUGACUUACCUGUAUCCAGCGCCGAUGUCCCUCGGCGCAGGGUUAGGGCUGGCCAUGCUCCUCCCCCGCCGUCAUCCGGCGGGGGAGACCAAUUGAGCCACGCACGCGCAUUAGACCUCCCCAUAGGAAAGCAUUGAAUAAUGCUUUCAGUGCUUUCCAAUGGAGAUUUCAGCAACGCUGGAGGUCCUCACAUAGCGUCUAUGAACACGGAAGUGUCCUCUAGAUAGCCACUAGAGGAGGACUUAAUCCUUCAAGGUAAAUAUUGCAGUUUAUGAAAACUGUAAUAAUUACACUUGCAGGGUUAAGGGUAGUGGGAGUUGGCACCCAGACCACUCCAAUGGGCAGAAGUGGUCUGGGUGCCUGGAAUGUCCCUUUUGGAUAACUGUAGUAACCUUUUUAAUAUAAAGAUAUCUUCCUGUUUGGGUGUUUGCACUUGCACAGAAAUGCCCAUUAAGUGGCUCAUCAGUGUUCAGGAGUCUUUGCAUACCUUGCAGUGACCCUUGAAGACUUCACUCUUGCUAGGUGUGUGCAGAAAGGGGUGUGAAGCUGAAAGUAGAUAUAUUUGAAGCUUUCUCUCACAUGGGCACCACCAUGUUUUUCUUUAGCUUCUGGUGUUUUAUCUGGGAGACUACAAAAUAGAGGUUUGCAGACAAUCUUGCUAGACUCUGGAAUCCUCAACAGACGAAGCCACUAUGCACAAGAAUAUGUAUCCCACCCAGAACUUUUGCUAGCAACAUCUGUGGGGAUUUUACAAAAGUUCUUGGUGGCAGCACCAUUUGGUUGUUGCCUAUAGGAAAAAGUAGUCAGGGACAGGGAUAGGCAACAUGCGAGACUCUAGAUGUUCUGGGCUACAUCUCCCAUGAUGCUUUGCCAACAUUAUGGCUGUAAGAGCAUUAGCAUUACGGGAGAGAUGUCAUCCACAACAGCUAGCAUGCCAAAGGUUGCCUACCCCUCAUGUAGGUCAUUAUACAAUAAUUAACCUUUUCUCUGUGACAUUUUUCGUUCCCAGGUGUACGACCAGAGCGGUUGCCCAUUUUUGAUGAGGAAUGCUGGAAACUGAUGGAGGCUUGUUGGAAUGGAGACCACUCUCAGCGCCCACUCCUAGGAAUUGUGCAGCCCAUGUUGCAAGGUAUCAUGGACCGGCUUUGCAAUACUAAAGUGUCUGGCAAAACCUUGGAAGAUUCCACCUGAUGAGAUUAUAGCAUUUUCAUUUUCUCUACAUGUUCUGUAUUAACGGAUUUCAUAGUCACUUGUAGCCCCUCCUUCGUCAUCUGGAAGAUGCAAAACUCCUUUUAUUGCUUGGCACUUUGCACACACCAAGCUGAAUAAAUGAACCUUGCCCAGGAUAAGCUAUUAAGAGUGCUGCUUUAACAAUUUUCCUUGCACCUAAUUAAGUAAUUUCUUGGGGAAAUCAGCUUGCUGCAUUAUUGUGAGAACAAUGGACCAAUUAUUCCUUUUAUGUAAAUAGUGGCAAAGCGGUUAAUGGACUAAUAGAGGUGGUUAUGUUAUCUCCAUUGGAUGCUCAAACAUUUGGGCAAUUCGAGUUCUAAAGCAAUUUUUUGUAUAAACUCUUACUACAUCAAACAUUCUAUGUUCCCACAGCAUGGCCGGGGAAUGAGUCCAGAACUCUAAGAUAAUACCUUCAGAUCUUCUUGAGUAGUAUUGUGUAAACAAUGUCUCGCUUUUGUGGUGUAUCAACAUCUCCACUAUAUGGUUACUUAAUUCUUCUCUCCAGUUUGAAGACAAGAUACAUAGAUCUCUGUGUUGGACAAUGGAAUGCUAAGAUGCUUCCUGUAUUAAGAAGAAGAAAAUAUUUUCAGUGGUUGCUAUCCUUUUCAGCCCACCCAAGUUUUAGUGUGUACCUGCAAUAUGAAUAUAUUAAUGUAUAAUUGAUGCUUCCUGCUAGCAGGGAGAAAUGCAUUGCAAGAUGUGUUUAACAUUUUAAAACAGGUGUAGGUAGUGUUACAAAACUACUUAAAUUCCUGAAAUUUACUUUUUUUGUGUGCUUAUUACUGCUAUUUUUGUGUGUUUAGGGUGCUAUCUAAUGCACUAUUUUUAUGUUUGUAUUCAUCACCACCCUCCCCCCCCUUAUGUUUAAGGCUAUUAAUGUAAGACAAAUGCUGAAUGUCUAUCAACAUGAUGGUAACCCAGUGAGUACAAUUAAAUGUUUUUUUUGUUUGUGUUUUUUUUGUAAUAGCCAUACCCCUGCUUCAGACCUUCAUGCCUCAUACUAUCUGCCUUCUGCACUUUACAAAGGCAUCAAUCUUUCAUGCAUCCCUGCUUUACCUAUGAAAGACAGAAUUUUCUUUUCAUAUUACCUGAAUUACUUUGCUCAUUAUUCUACUAACAAAGCAGCAAACUGUAAAUACUGGUUGUAGUAGACUGAUCAUUUAGAACUCUGUUAAUAGCUACACUACUUUGAUAACCCGUGGAAAGACUUAGAACUGUUAGAGUCACUGGUGCCUAAUUAUAAAAAAAAAAAGGCUUUCAUGUGAAAUGGCACAAUUAGACACAUUCCAUGUUAGUCAUUCAAUUUUUCCAUGUUACGUUUUAAUGCUUAAAGAACCCUUGCAAUUUAAUAGCACAUUGUAUGUAAUAAGAUCAUUUAAAAAAAAAAAAAAACACUCGCCUGAGUGAAAUGAAACCUGUAUUUCAAUCACCAAUUAAUUGGAAGCAGCUAAACAGCGGGAAUUCAAAUCCUCUUCCGUGAUCACAAAGUCAACACAUGAUAAAUGUAAAAAAUUAAAAAUAAAAACAAUUACAUUAAUUCCUAUACUUUCCAUGACACUAUAAUGGAUUAUAAAGCAUAUAACUUCUGUAAAUGUUCUGUUUUGUAUAUAAAAAAAAAAAAAAACCCUCAAAGCUAAUUUAAUAUUAAUCUUAUUUUUAUAUAACUAUAUUAAAGAUUUUUAGUUUUGUAACGGGUCUUCCCCCAGAAAUGGUGGAAUGUGGUUUGUUGCCAAAACGAACAAUUUUAAACUAUAAAAGCCACAUUGAAGACAAUUCUUCAACUUUUCUCUAUUUACUUGCAUUUGGGAUCUCCUUGAUCCGCUCACCACAACUCCGUUUAAAAAAACAAACCAAUACUCAAUGAAUGCGUAAACUAACUGCAGCCCAGUCUAUGAAUAAUACAGUCAACUUGCAAAAUAAUUACUUAAGAGCUUUUCAGUAUUUCACAUAUAGAGGUCUGGAGCGCAAGUAAUGGGGCAGAUCUGAUGAUAUUCCCAUUUUUGGAAUUGCUUUAUCACGGUUUAAGAAUGGAUUACCCUGUGCUACUCAAAAUCUGAUAUUUUCAUUAGUAGUUCAGAAGAGCAAGUGAUGCGAACCCAUGCUUUAGCUUUUUGGUAGGUCAACGGUCAUCUAACCAUUAAAGGCCCAUAGGCGAAGUAAUUAUUUGCCUUUCUUGUUGGAAAGUGUAAUUUUAAAAUGUGUUGACUAUAAUUUAUAUGCCACACAAUAAAAAUCAAACAAGUACCAUUUAGUACUAUUUUGACCACUUGGACAUUGCAUUUUUAAUGUCUAUUGCUGCUCCUCUACUUACCUUUAAUUGCUACUCUCAUGAUCCUACAGUCUGAGAAACAACUUGGUAACAUUAAUUAUGCCUUCCUGACUACCGAUUCAGCAUCAUUAAUUGAUAACCAGACAUUACCUGUUUCUGUAGUGAUUUGCAUUAGUGCAUGUCUUGUGUUCACUCCUUUAUUUGACAUCGAUGCUUAAUUAUAGCAUAGGCAGGUUAAAUGAUUAACUGAAUGGCUUGUAUUUGGAUGGGACAGUGACACAUAGGCUUGUGAAUUUUGCAGGGAGCUUUCUAAUAAUCUUGGACUCCCGCAGAUGGAAAUUUGUCAGUUCUUCAAAAGUUAUUAACUAUUUGUCUGGUACAACUAUAACUUCCACUGUCCACUCCUACUACUUUUCUUUCUGGAUUUUAAAAGUACAUUUACAAGUUUCAUGAACAUCUUUCCAAGAUGCAAUACCUCGUUUUAAUUAGCCUUUUAUUCUUUGUGUUUGACUUCUGAAUUACCCAUUGUGGCUUAUUUCCUUUACCUGUUGUGUAGCCGAUUGUUGGCUCCACCGUUAUUAAAAUAUACAAAAGAUUUGUUUAAUAAACAUCAGUAUUAUAAAUCUCAGUUUGUUUACAUAAUUAUGCAGAACUGAUUGUCUCUGACAAUACCUGGAUAUAUGUUUUUUUUGACUCAAGGUUUUUGUAAUGUGCUAGUUAUUUCACAACCUAUUAUCGUGGUUCCUCAGGAUGCAGUGUGCUUUUAUCUUUUUUAACUUUUUUUUUUUUUCUCCCUCUCGCUCUCUAUCCUUUAAACAAAUCUUCCAUUUAACGAUGUAUAAAAGAAAAUGCCCCCAGAUAUUUUCACGUGUUUCUCCUUUUACACCUGUACAGAGGACCACUUAGGAUCUGGUACUACAUCAAUUGCUUUUGUGUAAGUUAUUGCACGUGGUCAAACACAUUGCGUAAUUAGUGUAAUCAAGAAUCCCAUAAUGCAGUGUUAUAUGUCCCAGUCUUAAUGGUGCUACCAUCAUUUACAACAAUGACUGGUUCCAAAUGUCAAAUUAUGGAGACCCAGUAAAGUAAUCUUACCUGUGUUAAGUUGGGACUUAAUUACUCCAUAGGUUUACACAUAUUGCGGCCAUUAGACUAUAGUCUAUGAACUCUUGCUGCCAGAAUAGGUAGGAACAAAAAGUAAUGACUACCCAUCUGGCAAAGUAUGGGGUAUGCCGUUACAGGAGGAGCAGAUGCUACUAUUCUUUUUGUCUGAUAAAAGGGGUCUUUUCAUUAUGCUAAGUAGUCUAUUAAAGGCAGUCAGCUUGUACUAUGUAGGCCAAAAUAGUGAAGUUGGGGGGAAAAUGUAAACUUCCCAGGUUUGCUAAUUUUAAGUUUUUAUUUCCCAACCCAUUGCAGGCCUACAUUUUGCGAGUGCGUUGUCAAGUGGCAACUUGCUGUUUGUUCAACAGAUCCCUUAUGGUUUUUUUUUUUUUUUACUUUUUGUUUAAUGUUUGUUGCACUUUGAACAAGAGGGGUGUUUAGCUGCAUUCUCCAUAAAGCGCAUUCUCUGCGUUAUACUAAAGAUAGCACUUCAGCAGUAUUUCCCUCUCCUUUUAUCACUUGUAUGUAUGUGUACAUUCCCCAAUACCUCUUCAAAACCAGAGAAUGUGCAAUUCUCUGCACUCACAGGCAAAUAUAUAUAUUACUCUUAUUGGGCUAUGAGUACACCUCUUAAAAGUUAAUGCAAAGCUAGGAUUAUAACCUGUUGACACUACAGAAUCUUCCCCUCCUAAGUUCAAACCAAAUAAAUUGCCAAUGUAUCUAUAAUAUAUUGAAAAUAUGUCUUAGUGCAAGUUUUUAUUGGUUAUUGGGAGGGAGCUAAAAAAAUAAAAAAUGGUGAUAUAAAUUUCAAAAUGCAUAGAUGUAGUGACUACGUUGCCAGAGGUGUUUAUUUUUAGAGAAUUCCUUUAUAAAGGCCUGAAAGCAGUUUCUGCUGUUGAGUGCAGACACAUAAAAUGUAUUUGAAACCAUCUCCUUUGUACUGUUUUGUUUGUUUUACACAAUUUACUUCCAGAACACUAAUAUCCCCUGACUGUAAAAAUGAUCUGUAUUUUAAGAUACUGCCUCUGAUGGUGAUUUUUAUAUUAAGUAAAUGUAAAAUAUUUAGACUUUAAACUGUAUUGUGAGAUAUAUCAUUAAACUCUUUAACUAGA